AUGCCUUCCCGGUUUGCUGCCGUAACAGACAAAGAAAUUUCACCACUAAUCAAGCAAGCUGUUCCCGAAAUACACGAAGAAGGUGAUGAAGUUCGGGGUGGAAGUUUUAACAGGUAAAGCUUUGUCUUUUUGACUUGAAUUUAUCGAUAAAACCGGCAAAAAAGUUUUUUGUUUACAAAUGCAAAUUAAGCUCAAGUCUUGCGUUACUUUAUUUAGUUGACUUGUUCAUAAAUAAGCUUAAAACUAAAUUUAAUAAUCUUUUUUACAGAAUGAUUUUAAAUACAGAAAGAAUUCACAACUCCUUUUGAGGAAAUUUCCCCUCAAGAGCUAAACAAAUGCCUUCAAAAGUUUUAUUUGUCGGCAAGAAAAAGCGACGACUGCGGCCGUACAGUCCUUGCGCGCGCCAAAAUUGUAACAGUGUUAUAAUCGUUGCAGGCAACAGUAAAUGAGUUAAAAACUAUCAUUUUUGUGCUCAAUUACCUCACUGUUUUAGUAUAUACUAAAAUAAUUAUUCACCUUAGUGUCGGUGGCUAGUUAGUUGGCUAGCCACCUCCACUUCGGUGAACAAUUGUUAUAUAACCGUCUAUCUGCGCAUUUUGCCAACCUGGAUUGUCAUCGCAUCACGGCUUCUUCGGCUUUUUGUUUAUUGCAUCCUUGUCAGCGUUCUUCAAUACAACUUGAAUACCCUUCUUGGUUAAUUUACGCUCGAUUUCAGUUGCUUGGGUCUUGUUAGCUUUGAAUUUGACAUUAAGGGGAACAUUUAUCCCUCCUCCAACACGCCAGCGACCUUUAGGCUCCUUGAAAGGUUGUCCAGUUACCUUGCUGAAAGGUAAGUGGAAUCGUAAUUAAUCGCUUAAUCCAAUAAACAUUUGGAAUAUAGUAAGAUGUUGUGAGAGCAAAACGAGGCUUGGUGUUCUCCCGCAGUAUCGUUCAUUAACCUCAUUCUAGGGUUUAGAAAAAGGGAUGCAGUUUUUUUAAGUAGGUAUAUGAAAGGAACCAAAUUUUCAGUGGAGGGCAUACGGACGGGGUACCUUUUCUGCCAAAAAUGGUAUGUGAAAUGGUAAGGGGUUGGACCUCGGGACGGAGCUUCCCCAUAUAAAACUUUGUUGAGUACCCUUCCGGGCAUUGAACCCAGGGAAUUAGAGUCUACGUAAAAUAUUAUGCCUUCAACUGAAAAUAUAUUACCCGUUUGCGCUGCCAUGUUUACAAUGACAAUGAUGUUCAAUUUGCGCGUUCAAUUCCUUGGCGGACUUAAAGAGUCUUCCGAUGUUUACGAGGUAUCUACGAAGAAUAGCGAGGUCUAUGUGAGGGUCAGUGUAAGAUAGGUGUACGUUAUAUUUACGAUUAUUGUCUCAUUUGCAGAUUCUUAGUCUUUAUCUAUCUUUCAGAGGUCGAGAAACUGAAAAUCAAGAGGAAAAUACGGAAUGAAAGCACGAUUAUCGAUUAUCAAUUCGAGUUUUUCACGAGGCACGCUCAACCUUUUGGUCAAGUAACACGAGGAAUAAUUAUCUAAAUUCACGACACGUAAAACGGCUAAAAAUAUCCUUGUGCGAUCCCCUGGACGACCCUUUCGAAAUACUCUAACUUUUUUAUAUUUCCUGUUAGGAAAAAAACUAAGAUUCCAAAAAUCUAAUCCGUCAAAAUAUCUGAAGUUGACUUACACCGCGCCAAGUCUAAUCGCUCAUAUCAUUUUCCGUCCGAUACAUUACUUCAAAUUUGAACUUUUAUUUCCGGGUAAAUUUAGAAGUCUCACCUUACUUUUUGUAACGCAAGGGUGAUCCUUUAAAGCGCAUUCCAAUUAUUUUAGGGUUGUAGUAAAGUUCGCAAGAUUAAGAUCAACUUUCAUGGCUUAGAAGGAGUGUACUGGUGAAAUGAUCAGUAAUAGGCGAAUCUUUGUGAGGUCACCCUAAAAAGGUCACUUAGAAUUUUCGGGAGACUUUGAAAUUUUCGAAAAGGUAAGUUUUGAUCCCUAUAGUUUUCGGAUCAAUAGACUUUCAGCUAGGAAAUCCGAACAGAUGAAGAAUUUUUAUAGGGGAUAAAAAUAUGCCCAUAUCUACCGUUUAAAUACUAAAAUACGUUUAACAAUGCUAUGUUUAAGUGGUUUUGAACUAUAAUAUUCCCUUUGGGCGCCCCUGAUAAAAACAGCACAGCUGCAGUUUAUGUUGGGAGCAGUCCCUGGCGUUGCACAAUCCUUGUUUUUUUUUUGUUCUCAAUGGGUGUGUUUUUGUUGGCUGGUCAGAAAUAUUAAAAUGAUAAGAAUGCUAUUAAACGUUGUCACCUUCAAGUUCAACUAAACAUAAAACAAAGGAUCCGGAGUUCCUUCAUCUGUACAUACAUCUACUAAACUAAAAACCUUCCUUUUUAAGUUCCCAAACCGGUGGUUUUUCACAAAUGAUUUUUUAAUAGAAAUUCAACCUUGUGCAAUUAUUUCUGUCAACCAGAAAUUAUUAAUUAUUUCAUGAGUGCGUGUUGGAUCAGUGAGAUGGUAGGCGGCGCUACGCGCCUCAUUGGCUAUAACCAUCUCAUAUCCAACAAGCGCGGGUGGAAUAAUUGUUUUAUUAAAAACGCCCACAGACUUUAUCUGUAAAAACAACCAAUUUUCAGCGCAGUUGUUUGUUUCAGUUUUUAAUAAAGAGCGAUUUUCGUGUGACCUUGAAAAAUGGUUUCGGUAAGUGUUCGUUAUUUCUUUUAUCACCUAAUGGCUAAAAAGAUCAAAACAUGGAAUAUUCGUUUUCCCGCCAAAGAAAACCCUAGUAUGGAGAAGGCAUUGUUCGAUUGGCUAAUCGUGCUGCAGUAUGACGUCAAAGCGAAGUAUCGAUUGAUUCCUAGAAAGUUCUAGGGCAUGACGUUUUUUCACCCGAGCGUUCGCUGAACCAACCAAAAGCCACGCGCGUUUGUAUCCGUUUGACAAACCAAUCAAAUCGCUCUAUUUCCGUUCGUUUGUGUUUUUUGUUUUGUUCGCGCGUUUUCAUUUCAAGGUCAUACAAAAACUGCUCUAUAUUUACUCACGAAAAUUAGCUUUAACGUCAGUUCUUUACAUGACCCUCUUUAAGAGAAAGAAGAGUUCUCUCAUUCGGUCGAAAAAGAAUUAGCUUUUUGCUGUAAUAUUUUGGACACCUUAAAAAACAAAGAAAUCUUUUCUUCGAAUAAAUUUAUUGAUUCGUUUGCAUGUUGUGCUGUACAAAUUGUUAUGUUAUUGACAAGUUUCAGAUAGUAACAGCGGAGUUUCCGGGCGCUCGAUGCGCGCGCAUUGUACGUAGCCCCAUUGGAUCUUUUGCUAUAGAAACUGGAAACCAACCUUAAGUGUGGACCAGAGAAAAUUUGGUUAUGACUUUACCGAACGCCUAUCCGACCGUCUGUCCGUCUGUCCACAGUCCAAGGCAGGCGAGAGGGGAGACUUUAGGGGGCGGAAAAGCAAAACCAGUUUAGUGAAAAACAGUGGGGUUUAACAGCAAAUUUUUUAGUCUCCGCUUUUAGUUUGUUCCGUGGAUUUAGCUGCUGUCCGUAUUAGCGGGGUUUUGGUAAUAGCCACUAUACACCGGCGAGUACAUUGUAGGUGCUCAAUAGCCGCCAAGCCGAAACGGGGGAAUCGCGCUCGUUUCCGGCUUUGUCUUUUCUUAUCGGAUGGUUUUGUGAGUAUAAAAAAAUUCUCAGGUUUUCUUUAUUUGAACCAUUAGUUGGAGUCAGAAAUGUAAGACUUUUUCUACGAAAUAUUUUUUCAUGGCGAGGAACUAAUUGGUUAAUCAUGCUAAUGCAAAUAUCAUAUCGCUAUUAUUGAAACAACUUGUGUGUUUACCACAGGAUAGUAAGUUCACCUGUAUGCACAUACAUCAAAUAGUGGGAUGUAAUUCACACGCAAUGUAAAUGCGUAGAGUAACAUCACAAUUGUUUAUGCUUAACCCACCUGUGGUACAAGCAGUAGUCAGACUAUGCACUCUGUUUUUAAAACCGGCUCUUCUCUAUUAACAAAUUCGUUGAAGCUCACAACAACUUCCAGAAGAAGUUUGGCUAAAAACCCCAUAAAGAACAUAAAUCAAACGCUACCAGAUCAGGUUGUAAAUAGUGUGCAAAGAGAGAACGCUCUCUCCUGUUCAAACGAAGAAGAGAGCAGAUUAAAACACAUUGAUAUUGUACGCUGGUUUACGACGCUAUAUUCGCUGAGGACUACUUUUCAGCCCACCUUCAACAGUGCGUCACAGGCGUAGCUUGCACGGUCCUGCUUAUUACAAAGGGAACAUGCCGAUUAUUUCGCUUUUUUUUUUUACUGUGCGUUUGCUGCAACGAAAGUUCAUUGUUCUGUUUAAUACUAAGAAGAAAAUGCGUGAGUCGUUAACGCAAACAACAGUAAAAAAGGAAACUGGUCAAAACUCUCCCGCACAGACAGUUGAUUUCAGUGACCCUUUUUCGUAUUUUCAAGCUGAAAAAUCUUUGACGGGGAAGUGAGAGAGAGAAAAGAAGAAAAUAUAAUUUUUCAAAGUAGAAUAUACUCAGCAGAACUUCUAUAUAUAUGGGUCUUUCAUUUAUUCUCUUGUUUCAGUAUUACGCUGUUCAGUUCAGCACAAGUUUUUGUUUGAUUAGAUUCUUUCUUCUGCCAAAGUUCAGUAAUUUUUCAAAAUAUUUUUCGGAGCCCGUAUAGUCGUUUUCAGGUAAUAGACCACUGAGACCGCAUGUAUUACCAUGUAACAUUUUUGGGUGCUAAAUUUCCUCUUCAUCAUUCACGGCGAAGGAGUCUGAGCAUACAACCUUCCCUUAAUUAACGAGAAUUACCAUACUGUUACAUGACUUUAUUUAUACACUAAAUAGGAUUUAUUUUCCCACCUAUGCAAAUCAAAAUAAUUAAUCAUCUCAGGUGGUCAUAAAUCAAACUUCACCGGAGAUUCAUUUUUACCUGCUUAAGUAAGUAAAUCUUUCCGCUGCAAGGGAGAGUAAAAAACGCCAACUGACACUGCCCUUGCGGAAGAGCUAUGUAUUAGAGCUUUUCAGUAAAAGAAGUGAUUUUUAGAAUUCUGCUGUUAUGGAAAAAGUUAUGUUUCUGUUAUUUUAUGUAGCGACGUUUUGGAAUUUUGUCGGAGGGGCAGGUAGGUACCUCGCAUUACUGGUAAGUCAAGUAACAACUAUAGUAUUUUUGCGUUCUUAGAGAUGUAACACUGUUUUAGCAAGGUUUUGGAAAAUCGUGUGAAAUUAAAAAUAAACAGGCUUAAAAAAUUGUUGCAAUGUUACAGUAACAGUUUGAAUUAGAUUUAAGGUGGUUUCAAUAAAAAAGAUGGUAACACUUUCUCUUUCGAAUACCUGCUUUCAUUUGGCACCGUUGACCAAAAAGCUAAGAAAAACGUAUGAUGAGUGUCCCGAGUAUGGAAUGAAAAAUGUUCCAGGCAAGAUCCUAAUCAGAAUCUUAAAAUAGGUGAAAUAAUUUUUAUCCUACGGAACAAAGCUGCUUUUUUUGUCUUAAAACACACAACGUCGAGCAGAUACCAUUGUUCAGGGUCCAAAUGGCUACCGGCCUGGUCUCUUUUUUCCCCAAAGUUGUGAGUUUACAAUUCCUAGUCAGAGAAAAAAGUAAGUGAACCGGAAGAUGCUCAUUUUAAAGGAGAAAUCUUUGAGAAAUUAUCUUACAAAGCCAUUCUUGAACUGAAGUGUUGAAGGAGCCUAAAAGGUAGUACUUAUAAAUACUCUUUACCAAGUGCAUUUCUUAUUUAAAAUUGUGCCGUCUUAAUUAAGAAAGUAGUACAAGGCAUUAACAUUAAAAUUUCCCGAUGUCUUUUCUUUGUGACAGAGAAGUUUGUAUUUUUAAGCAUUCAAUAUUGAGAUAAAUUAAGCGGCUAAUCACGACUUUUCACCUUUUGUAUAAGCUUAAAUCCCGAAAAAAAACCUGAAAAAUUACUAUAACGUUUUGUCCCCAAAGUGAAUGGUGGCUGGUCAGGUUGGUCGGCCUGGAGCGGCUGUGCAGCUGGCAUUUGCGCGGGAAAUCAGCGCAUUCGAACAAGAACCUGCACCAAUCCAAUACCAAGUGAAGAUGGAGUAUACUGCGAUGGUGACAGCUCCCAGCAGAAGGAUUGCCUAAGUAAGUUUUAUGAGAAACUGCCGUAAAAAAAAAAGUGUUUGUCUGUUAAUAUUUUUUUAUGUCUGUUUUCUGCUUACCGGGUUUCAUUUGAUGAUCACGUCAGGGUUCUAUCCAGGGUAUUUGAGGGGUAAAAGCUUCCCCCCCAAAAUGCUCAGCUUCCCCCCAGAAAAAAAUUGUUAUCAAUAUGGUAUAUAGGUAACUACAUUGGAAAAAUCACCCAGACACGACGAGGUCAUUGCACACACUGUAACAUUUCUCAAAAUUGUGUCCCAAAAUGCACCAGAUUGUAUCUCAGCGCAAAUUCAUUUCAAAAAAUUUCUGGGGGUUGGGGGGGUUCGCCCCCGGACCUCCUAAGGAAGCUUGUUGCUUUCGGCCACUAGGGACUUCUCGUCCAAAAGAUAAAUCCUAGAUAGAAGCCUGCACGUGUUGGGGUAAAUCUGGUAGUUCUCCAGUGUUAUUUUAGUUACGGUACCAUAACAACUCAUGUACUUCGGCCUCAGAAAAUGAGACUCCGUCUAUCGUCCCAUGAACUAAGGUAAUCCGAGAGAGUGGAUUCCGAAAUCCAGGCUCAGGACUCCGGAUCCCGUGUCAGUGGAAGUAAAAAUUGUUAUUUGGAUUCCAAAUUUUUUGAGCCGAAUUCUGGAUUCCCAAGCAAAGGCCCCAGUUGUUCAAAAGGUGGAUGAUGCUAUUCAGUAGAUAAGUGUCUAUGCAACAGAUAACGCAAUUGGUUUCCCUAAUGCCCAUCCACUGCAAAGUUAUUUACCCGACGGAUAGCGCUAUCCAAUGUUUGAACACUCGGGGCCAGGAUUUUAAAUUCUAGAAGUAAAAAUUUCCUUGAUUCCGGAGUCCGGAUUUACUUAUUUGGCGCGUAACCCCCGGGAUUGCAAUUCAGCCGGCUUAAUUAUAAACAAAUCCGCCCGCUUCGUUGUAUUCCUGCUUGAAGUCAAGACCUGGGUUGUUUUUUUCACUGCUAUUCGCUAAUAAUGAUUUAUCAUAUUAAGUUAUGUUUUUAAAAAGUUUACCUGUGAAUAAUUAGUUUGCGUACUAUAGCAAUAACACAAGUAUACUUUAUACUAGUCAAUUAAUGCUAAUGUUUGACCAAAACCUUUUCUUUCGAUUUCUUUCAGUAAGACUACAGUAAAAACACUCCUGACUAGUUUUGCUCUUUAUCUGCCUUAAUUUCCAUUCCCUCCUAAAAUAUUUUCUUGAUAAAGAAACUGAUGUUGGUCAGGAAAAUUGUUUUAUUGCCUCCAACUCUCAACUUAAAGAAAAUUAACAUAAUUAUUUGAUGUAAUUUCAGUCGACGGAGGCUACACAGAGUGGAGUCAGUGGUCACUCUGUGAAAACCCGUGUGGGGGAUCUGUAGUCAAUAGAAGUAGAUCAUGCACUAACCCUAGCCCUACCCCUGAUGGAAAGCCAUGUUCUGGAGACUCAUUCCAAACGAAGCUGGAAUGCAUCUGGCCGUGUCCAAGUAGGUCUAAGGCAAUUUUUAGUUGCAUUUAAUUUUGUUUACUUUAAAAAUCAAAUUCAACGAUAAAUUUUCAAUUGCUUGCUGUUAAAAAUAUUUAUUCCAUGUUGCUGUUUCUGUCAAGUAAUAAAUCACGGACGACGUCAAAAUAUGCCAGGAACAAAAACCGGCACGCAUGCUGCAGGUCGAAAUGUUCUUAUUUAACAAUUAAUGAAUGAGGCUGAGUAUCUUCAUAUGAUAGGAAAGCCCAAUUCAAUAAUUGUUUUACUAUUCAUUCAAAAUAAUCACUAGUUUAAAAACAUAGCUAAAACAAGCCUACCUCCAUCGAUGUUAACUUCAUCUUCGAUAGUGCACGUUUAGGGUUAUUCAGCUCCGCAAAUAUUCUCCAAAUAGCGGAUGUCGCCCUUCGAGUUGUCUUCUUGCUGUUCUUGCCAUGUUUUUAGCUAGUAUUUCGCCUAGUUCUUACUCUUGAAACGAGUGAAAUGUUCGCCAUUUGUGUUUUCACAACCAAAAUAACUCAACUUCGUCCGCAGGUCUUCUCGGUUAACGGUGCAUUAACCUGCAUGAAGACUGCACUUUUGACGUCAUCGGUUCAUUAAUUGCAAAAUUCUUCCAUCAGUAGCUGGUUAUUGUGAAUUAUGCGUUUGCUUUUAGCCAAUCAAAAUCGGGGAAAUAUUUUGAGUGAAUAAUAAUACAUUUUAAUACCUUCUGUGAUCUAACACUGAACAGACGCCCAGCAAAAUGAAAGCUAUUCGUUUAAUACAAUAUACAACUGUAAGCGUUAAAAAAGGAAAAAAAAAACAUGCCUGCCUAAUAAUCUUGUUUUUGUUUUAAGAAUUGUUCCAGUUUAAGCCAAAAACCUGCGAAAAAAGCCGACAUUUCCCAACGCCACUAUUGGUUUCCCCGUGAUUUAUCUUGCUUCGAGAGAAAUCUGCUUCAACCAAUCAGAAGCUUUAGCCAGAUCUGUGAAGUGACACGUCAUCAGCAUGGAAUUUCUAAGCUCGUUCCCAGACGUCAUUUCGCGAGAAAACCAGUGGUGGCGUCGAGAUAUGCUUUGCUGUUUUUCUCAGGCUAUUUUGCCAAAGUUUCUUGUAGAUCACGCCAAAAAAUGAAUUUCAUAUCUCUCAACCAACCAACAUGGCUGAAAGCUGAGUUAUCGUAAAAAAGGCCAAACACUCUUCCCAUAAAUGCAUUUUAUUCUUUCAAUUAUUUAGCCGGCCCUCUUGAUGGUGAAUGGGGAGGAUGGGGUCAGUGGACACAGUGUUCUAAAACCUGUGGAAUAUCAGGAGGAAGCAUUCUAAGAAGAACAAGAUUGUGUAACCGGCCUCCUCCUAUGAAUGGCGGGAAGCCAUGUGAGGGUAACAAUACUGAAACAGCGAGAUCAUGCUUUGCGCCUUGUCCAGGUGUGUAAAAAGCGAGAUGAUAGUGUAUUAGAGUAUGAAGUAAAACCUUAUAAACUGGGUACGAAAUUUUCACCUGUUUGCUCCCGAUCGGCUUCGCUGCUCAUUCGAUCAGAGCGAGGGAAGAUCUAUUAAUCUUUCAGAAGCAAGAGAGGAUAAAGGGGACAGAUAGGGCAUCCCUCAUACACACCCUAUUCCACAGGUAAUUCGUCUAGAGUUAUUUUUAACACCACAAAUCUCAAGGGGGAUUAGACAACAGCCAAUCACAUAGCGCGAAUGUGUUGUGCGUGGAUGACCCACGCUCAGAGCCACGCGCCCUUCACGAAUUGACGCAGAACAAAAUGGCGGAAGACGCGGAGAGCGAUAUUGCUAUUCGUCUUGUCGACGAAAACGACUACAGAGAGAUUUCUGCUGAAGCUGUGUCAGCGAAACAGAAAUUAAAAAAGAAUCGCCCUUCCUCUCUUGUAUAGAGCUAACAGCACAGCAGGGAGAUCCUUAACACACUGAAUAUUCUCUCAGGAUCAUAUAUAAUUUACAGUUUGAAGAGAGUAAUUUCUGGUUUGAUAUUUAUUCUGUUAUUAGUCUUUUAUUAUUCAACAAAAAUAACACUUGGCGUCCUACUUGCUUUAUUGUACAAACGACCGGUUUCAAUAGACCGGCGAAAUUUCUCAUUUUAUUAAAGCACUGAGGUUGCGACAACUUUGAGUUAAACUGAUUUCAUGGGUUGUCAAAGAUUCCAGCGAUUCCCUUUUCCCAGGUGAGCGCCGACUCAUUUCGCUUCAAUAUUCAGGAAUGCUCUCGAUCUCUUUACGCUUUCAUUGCCUUUCGCCCAAUAUGUUUUACACGGCGUUUAGUCAUGCGAAACGUCCACGAAACAUCAACGCAGCACGCGAGGUAACUUUAUCCCUAUUCUAAAAAUAACUCGAGACGAAUUACCUAUGGAAUAGGGUGUGUAUGGGGGAUGCCUUCUCUGUCCCCUUUAUCCUCUCUUGAUCAGAAGGCUUGAGUUCUGUCCACACAAGGUCAAGGUUGUGAGCCCGUGAUAAGUGGAGUAUCAAAGCCGGUCAGCGGAGGACUUUAAAAACACGUCACCUCAAUGAGUUGUACACCUAAGGCCCACGUUACAGUCAUAUGUGACCCUGGUCAGCGGAUGCCCUAUUUUGACAACAGUCAAUUGAUCAUAACAUCUAUUUUAGAUGUCCAAUAUCAAGUUGAAAACACAAUUUGUAUAUGCCUUAGACUUUUAAGGCAGUAAUUUCACAUCCGCUACACAUGAUGGGGAGGACGUCCAUAUGGACGAUUUUGUCAGAACCAAAUCUCUUCGAUGCAUAGAUAACCAAAUUUUCUUACCCAUAGUGCUACACUGCGCGCGCUUCGCGCGCCCGGGAACUCAGUUGAAAUAAGAACUGUUUCAAUCUUAGUAAAUGGUGGGUUUAGUCUUUGGUCCGCUUGGACGACAUGCAGUAAGACGUGUGGGACUGGAUCGCAGUCAAGAAGAAGAACCUGUUCCAACCCAGUCCCUGCUGAUGGAGGCCAGAAUUGUACCGGAGAAUACGAGCAAGCAAAAAGCUGUAAACUGACUUCCUGUCCAGGUAAGUAUGUUAUGCUGAGCCUUGUUUCACUUUUAAAAUGCUUUCUUUUUCGUGAGCCGGGUAAAAAAAAACGCUGACAUAUUUUCUUUAAACAAGGCACUCGUCAUUUGUUAAACCGCUGUGAUACAAGCUGGAACAGAUGCUGCCUAGUAAAUCACCGUCGCAAAUUUUUGUUAUAACGCGUACCUUUGCGAACAGAGGAACAUGCUGCACUUGUUAUGGCGUUGUACGAUUUUUUCUUGUGUUGCAAGAGCUUGAAAAAGGAAAGAAAACUUGUCGAAUAUAACAGGGCCUUUUUAUGUCCAGAAAGGUUUUUUCUGUUCAGGCAAGAAGUUGACGAACAUAAAGAGCGUCGCAACUGAUCAAUUUCUAAUCCGUCAAUUUUCUUUUAUGAAAUCUUGUAAUAGGCGCUGUCAAUGGAGGGUGGUCAGCGUAUUCAGCCUGGGGCGCAUGCUCCGAACCUAAAUACUGCUUGCAAGGCGUAAAGAAAAGAACUCGAACUUGCACCAAUCCUCCUCCGGCGAAUGGUGGAGAUGAAUGUGGGGGACUGGCAGUCGAAGAAAAGAGCUGUCCUACUCAGGCUGAAGGAUGCACAAGUAUGUAGUGACGAAUAACUUAAUCACUCUUAACAAAAAGUAAUGAUUUAGAAAUGGCUUUCUAUAAAUGAUCCCGUACCUCUCCUGUAAAACCAUUCUCAAAAGAAUUGUCUGUAGAGAAAUUUGAAUAAGAAAUUUGAAAUUUAUUAUUUAUGAAUGUGAAAAAAUUCAUAUAUGCUCAUAGACCUUUCGGAACAAAGCAGCAAGCUAGCAAGGUACCUCAGUUUCUUUACGUUGUCGUUGUAUCCAGCACAACACCUUACAUCUGUGCUGCUGAAUUAUUCUUAAGAUGGUCCCUUUUGAGCGUGUACUCUCAUAAGUAGUAUAGUGGGGGCCGAAUUUACCCCUCUUUGCAAAGGAAUCACAUUACUUUGCGGAGAAAUAUAUUAAAAUUCAUGGUGGUGGUGAAGAGAAACAACAAAAAUUAGGAGAAGUGAUGAGGAGAAGGAGGAAGAGAAGGGGGAGGAGGCAUUAGAAAUUUAGAAAUGACGAGGGGGAGGAGGGAAAGGAGAAUGACUGUAAACAAUGAGGAGAAAGAGGAGGAAGAGGAGGAAGAGGAAGAGGAGGAGGGAAAAAUAGAAAGUUCGUACUGGAGGUGAAAUAAAAAAACUGAAGAGGAGCGAAAUGACUGAAUUGGGUGGAGAAGGAAGGGGUGUGGGGUUAGUAAAAAAUAGUGUUUAGUCCCACAAAGAGCUAGUUUGCCCCCGAACUCAUUAACAUACACUUUUUGGGCGCCAAGAAUCAGUGAACCGGAAUUGAAAUAAGUCGUUGUCUGUAAUUGACAUUGGAAGCAGCAGGAAAUUGAACUUCUAAAAUUACCUCGCGAAUCAGUGGUUUUGAGUAAUAUAACAGGCGAAACUUAUAGCGCUUAUUCCUUCGACAACAUGGACCAACAAUGAAAACCUAUCUUAACUUCUAGUCAACCAAUCAAAACGCAAGACAUUCAUCGAACUUGAAAUAACCAGAAAAUCUGUUCAACCUAUUAAACCCCCCGAAAUAGAUUCUCCUGCAUUUAUUCAUGAGAUAAAAAGACUAAAGACUAUGACGUACAUUAUUGGCGUUAGUGUAUUCCUCCGCGGAGUAAUGAGAUUCCACCGCAAAAAGAGGUUAAUUCGCUCCCUACUAUACUACUGUCAUAGCUUCAUAUAUAUUAUUAUAUAUAUUAGCGUUAUGGUAUUUGUUGAGCUUUCUUCAAGAAAAAGUAUGAUCAAAAUGUUCACUUGAUAAAAACCAGCUCGUGGACUGUUGCUCUCUCCGUAAAACCUCCUUCAACAUAUGUUAAGGUGAAUUUUUCUUAGCUCAUAACGUCAUGUAACCUCCUUCCUGACGGUCAUGAAUGAUCAGAAAGAGAUCCUGAGAACGACGUUGAGCAUCACGGUCAUCAAGCAAAACCGUCUUAAAUCCCACUCUAAAUGACAAUAAAGAUAUUGAUUUUGACGACUAGACAUUUAUUUAAAACGCUCCUUACAGACCAAACCCAUUUUUACAAAUUUAUUUUUGUGAUUUCAUCACCUGAGAGCAUGAUUUUGAUGCUAAUGGAAAGGCGUUACUAGGUCCAGUACCGAGGACGAAAUCACUUAUAGUUGAGAGCCAUUUAAUACAUAGACUAAUGACUUCUCAUCCUUUUUAGCUUAUCAGCCGAACAAGCCAGAUAAAACAGCAACUGACCCCAACUCCUGGAUAGCUCUGGAGUGUGGAGCAACGGAGAAGUUUUCAGCCACAGGAUCUUACAAACAAGAUGUUCCUUAUGCUGUGUAUUCAAACUUUAAUUUCAUGCGGACUGAGCUAGAGAGUGGAUGGUUUGCAAUCCAGUUAGAACCAGAUGAUAAAGAUGAUUAUGGAAAGAAGAAGCUUACCAAGGUUGGCAAAUCAUCCUGAUCAUUCAAUCUUACGAUGAACUUAAUUUAAAAAUGGCCGGUAAAGGCGCGGGUUUGCCGUGAGAAAUCAGUGGUUAUUUAUCAUUUACAAAAGUUUCCGAAAAAUCAAGGUAGUAAGUAAAUAGGCCAUGACGUUUCUGACGUUGCUCUCCGGGAGCAACCUUACGGAACAUACAGAAAUUCUUGUUCCAUUUUUUCAAAGCUAUCUUUGACAGCAGUUUUCAGUUUUGUGGACAUUGUUAGUUUUGUUUACCCAAUACAGGUCAUGUGAUAAUACUCUAGGGAACUGUUUCUUUCAAAUUUAAUCUCGUCCAUAUGUACGCAUAAUUUACUAACGGAUCGGGCAAAGGGUCAAAUUCCCCUGGGAACUCUAUUGGGAAAAGAAAACAUAUCAGUUAAAGAGGUCUAUUUGCACAGCUAAUAAACGCGAUUCCGGAACGAAAUUCACCAGUCCUGAAUUUUGCUUACCAUUUUACCAAACUGUGAAACGAUCGGGAUGAAAAAGUGUCUUCCCGCUCACAGAUAGUUCUUCUUCAUUUAUGUUGAUAUUUAAUUUUUGAAUUAUUUGAACUAUUUGCACUAUUUUGAACUAUUUUUAAUUUUUGAACUAUUUUAAGUCAUAAGCUGAAAGCGGUGUAGUUUUUAGCACAUAAAUCAUGUUCUGCAAUGCCUUGGCUAGUCUUCCCAAAGAACAUACUCGAAUUUUUUCAUUCUUAACACUUUGCUCUUUUUUAUUUAGGUUUGCUUUGAGAUCAUUGACCCACUGACCAUCGGCAAAGUUGUGUCAAACAAAGCUACCUACUACUCAAAGAUCGAUGCCAUUCCAGAAUGGACUAAACCCGCACUAACCGAGAAUGUUCCUGCCUUUACCAUUUGGAUUGACGAGGCUCAAACUCUUAGAAAGUACGAGUUCCUCUGCGCAAAAUCAGAUGAGUAUGUUCCGUUCACCGGAUAUGUUGUGACGAAAGUCAGGUAAGCUGGGUAAUGUCUCAGGCCGCUCUCAAACGUGUUAAGUACAUAAAAAUGGAGAAACGAUACAAAACAAUGGAAAUAGUCAUUUAAGUUCCGAUUGAGUUGAUUAUUUGUCAGUCUUGUAACACUGUAGUAUAUUACAACAGUGUGGUAAAUAAAGGGUUUACCUUCUCUACUAGACUCCUUGAAUAGAGAUCUUGUUCGCAAGGUGUUCAUCCAUCCAUCUAUUUAUGUAUCCAGUUCUUCUUUUCCUAGAAGGCACCGUGUCCGAGUGGUCAUAGAGAGUCAUAGCGACUAUACCUCGUUUUUUUUCUCUGUAGACCCGAUUUAAAAGUCUCGGUCAGGCUAUUUGCCUUCGACCAGUUGGGGCUUUUAAUUCUGUUAUGUUAGCUACAGCUGCUAAGUCUACUUCCACUUUAAAUGUAGCAUUUAUUUAUUGUUUUGUUUUUAGCCUUCUUGGAUCACCAUAAACCCGCUGGUUCAGUUAUCUGAUUGGCCCUACUAGCGCUUGUGCUACAUGAGUGCCGGGAGAAAAUAAAGUUAAUGUCAUUUACUAUUCUUAUUUUCUAACUUUCGACCAUAGAUUCUCCUACUACACCGAGGGAAAUUCCCAGACGUUUAAGGCUAAGGGUGACCACACUUUAAAGUCGGGAACUGUGUUUAAAACGGAGGUGAAAAAAGAUCCGUUCACUUUAGCUGUCUACGCGAAAGGAACUGCCUCCUCGGUGACCUUCAAAGACAUCAUGGCAUCUUUUGGACUGGAUCCAGCAAUUCUACCAGAUUUUUUUGUCAACGCUUUGAAGUAAGCUGAGCUGAAGAGUGAGUUUUUUCCAUUUUUUUUUUAUACGGCGUUCUUGACACGGGAUGCGGUACUGGGAAAGAAAACGAUAUUCGAGAUAGAAAUGGCAGAGAUUUGGGGUGCGAGAUUGUCGUGAAAAGGGAGCGGGAAUGAGGGAACAGCCCUCAUUCUAAAACCUGCUUAAGAUAUAAUCUCUCGAGAUUCGAAUCUAUAGACACUGUCAGGCUUUCCAAAUAGAACUGUUGAAAGAUCAUAUCACGUAUAGCUUUAUCUGGUAUUAAACUCAUCAAAUCUUAAAUCCCAAGUUUCUCCACGUUAUUCCUUGGAAUGGGAUCCCUAUUUUUGAUUGUAAGGAUUUUGUACCUCUUACUUUUGACUCAAGUAAAAGCCACCGAGUGGAAUGUCCUGUUAUUUUCAUUUGUAAGCUUUCUUAAUAGCAGGGAAAAGAAAUUUAGCUAAAUCUAGUACGCACUUAGGCCACUUCCGAGUUCUAAAGCCCCCACUUUCAAAAUGAGGCUAGGUGCACAACCUUUCUUUGAAAAUGUGUUUUAUUUGCAUGAGAAUGGAAAAUGAUUUCCAUAUCAAAGGCUGAGCACCUACCCUCGUUUUGAAACAGAAGCCCGGUGGAACUCGGAAAUGGCCUAUUGAGUGAAAUGCAUGAGUGAAGCUAGUAUAAAAAAACACCUAAAACAGCGAAGGACGAUACAAAAAAUAAAAAGGAGGCACGAGUGAACAAAGGUAAAGAAUAAAUUAUAACUGACAGUAACUGUGUUCUUAAACUCUAUCCAGCCUGUCUUGUUUGUAGCUGUGAAUGGCAUUUUCGUUUCAGUGAAAUGGUUGACCCCAAUACAUUACAACCCAUCAUUAAAACUGUGGUCAGUGACUUUAACCCUUUAAGUCCCAAGAGUGUCCAAAGUCAAUUUUCUCCUAACAACAUCAUUAUAUAAUCAAGAGAAAUGUUGUGAGAAUUAACAACAAAAAAAUGAUCACCUGAUGUUAAAAGUUUUGAUCUACAAACAAAUUCUCUUAACCAAUUCUUUAAGGAAAUGUAUGUAGAUCUGUCUGGAGAGUUUGUAUGUGGAUAUAAUGGGGCUUAAAGAGUUAAAAGGAACCUAAUUUCAGUCUAUUCUCAUAGAGGAAUAGGUCUCUGGGACUUCACCAUGGCACCUGCAGAAUUAGUACGAAAACUGGAAAAGGGUGGAUUGACACGAUUCACGGCCUCAAUAAGCGCAGGAGGCGUCCCUGUUCACGUGGAGAUUCUGGCUGGAAUAAGGUUUGGACGACCGCAAUUUGCUGUAGGAUUCAGCUUUGACAGUGAAUCAUAUGGAAAGUUGGCUGAGAAACUCUCUGGGAUUGGGGUCGAUUUUCUGGACAAACUUGGAUUUGAGCUGCAGGUAACUCUGAUUUGCAAAAAUGCUCUCAUUUGAAGAAAGCAUAAUCAGAGCAUGCGCGAGCGCUAUUGGCUAGGCAAAGGGGUCAACGUUUUUCUCCUAAAGGCGCUAACAAAGGUUAUCUCGUCUUAGAGGGUGACCCUCUUUCUCGGGACAACUUUUCUCCAUUUAAACGAGUUCUAAGAGUAAAUUUAUUUGUAACAUACGCGUAUAGCCGUCGCCUUUGCCCGUUGGAAUUCUUUCUUGUUUUCGAGCUCAAAAACAAUGAAUCUGCCUUUAAUGUUUCCUUUUACCUUUCAACCCUUCACAGAUCGGAGUAGCGUUCAGUCCUCCAGAGGUCUUAGGAUUCCAGCAAGUUUUAACCGAUGAAGAAACCAAGUUUUCUAAGGAUCCACUUAGCAGCUACCACACUGUUAGCGUUGUUCAAGGUUCGUUAAAUUACGGCGUUAAAUUACAGACCUUAGCUUGAUACCUCCCAAUGUAAUGGUUUAGGCGUGAUUUAAGUGAUUAUGUUAAGCUGGAGGUUUCUAACUUAAAGCGUCACUCACUACUAUUCAAAAUGCAAUGGUGACAAGUAACUUUGAAAUAAAUUCUAAACCGAGCGUUAACUGUAAAAGAGUAUCUUUAUUUCGAACGAUGAUGAUGAUGAUGAUGAUGAUAACAAUAAUAAUAGUAAUUAUAAUAAUAACAACAAUAAUAAUAAUUUCUUAUACUUUUCAUCUAUUGUAGGCAUUUUUUUACGUCAUUUGGUACUUUUUUAAAAAAAUGGUUAUACACGAUAUUAAGAUUUUAAGACAGAAUCCAUUAGGAAAUCGAGUAAUCUUAAUUUUCAGAGGACAAAAACCUUGUACCAGAAUAUCCUGUGUUUUCUCAUUUCCUGUGAAAUUUAAAUUUUGUUUUCUCGGACUCCCAUAACAAAUUGUCGUUGGUGUUAUAGCUUGUUAUUACAGAUAACUAAUCAUAUCUGUGCUCCUAGAAAAGUGUGAAAAAAAAUGCACUGUGCUUUAAAUUAUUCUGGUACAAGGUUUUUGUCCACUGAGAAUUAAAAUUACUCAAUUUAAGUCUUGAUGGAUUCCGUCUUAAGGUAUUUUCCAGAUUUUAGAUGUAGUCCAGUUACAGGCUAUGCUAUGCACCCGGUGUGACUAUUGUUGCACUUUAGGGCAUUUGAAGUUUUUACUUCCAUAAUAAUAACGAUGAUGACAGUAAUAGAAACGAUACAGUUACAUGAGUGAAUAAAGCCUCAACUGAUCAAGCUUUUAACCUUUCCCUACCACCAGGUAUCACGGCGGUAGCACAAAUCGUUCUACCCAAGGACUGUAAAGGAAAUAAAUUUUGCGAGAUUUGCAAGAUGAUUGUAGGGCCAACAAUAAAAUGGUACAUCGCCGGAGAGUUUCAGUGGAGGAAAAUCAAAGUCGCAGUUGGAUUCAAAAACAUUCGCCUAUUUGCUGGGUUGUACUUUCAUAAACUUGAGCUCUACGUUGAGGUCAGUUAUCGAAAGCAGCUGAGCCAGCACACUUUCCGCAAAAUGUCCGUCUAUUUUGCUCAGAAAAGACUUUAAGCCUAGAACUUAGACCCAGUACUGUUAUAUUUUAUGGGGGAUGGGUAUUUUUAGUAUUUUGAUCAAAGCUUUUAUAACCUUAAAGGGGCCGCUGUUUUAGGUCAAUACUAUCAAUGCUAAAGUCAUUGCUUAGUGCCUUUACCCAUACACAAAAUCAGCUUCAGUCUGUAGAAUUUUUUAAGAAGAUACCAAGUGAAACAAAUUUCAUCAGAGAGCAAUUUUUAGGUGAUUUUUGCAGGCAUAGUAUUAAAACUUGCAAAAAGUAUCCCAGCCAUCCGUAGCAACAGACGACAGGAAACAUUCUCGAUGCCUAAAUAUAGUCUUAAAUAAAAAAACUAAACCAUUGUUUUUGGACUUCAAUUGGUGCGAAGACGCGUUUUAGCUUUUUAAAAAGAUAUUAUAACAUAGCGCGCGUGCUUGCCCUAUAUAAGUCCUAUUGAGCCGCUAUGAACAAAAUCUUUAUUUACGCACGCCCGUGCGUAAAUAAGAUGACGUGAGCAUUUCUUUUUACUUGGCUGCAAAGUUGUCGUCUUUUAAGCUGCAGUUCACUUUUCCUUCUCUUUAAAAUAUGGAAGAAACCAGCGAAGAACUGCCCAAUUUUUCUAUCGGCAUUGACCUUUUAGAUCCUGAUCCAACAAGCAGCAAAAAUAAAGCCGAAUUAAAAAAAACUCGCAAGUUGCGCGUUUCGCAAAUUUGUCGGAAGACCAGCUGCAGCACAUUUUGGCCAAAAGACAUUCACUGGGAACAGAACAGACACCAACUGGUCAUCAAGAACAUUUAAGGGUAAAAUUUCCGUUUUUAUUGUUGUUUUUAACUUUGUUACGCACUUUUGUUAUCUCCGAACAAUCCGACUGAAGCAGGAAAAUUUCUCUCGCAAUAACAACGCAAAUUACACAACAAGACAUAAAUUUAUUACUCACAAAAACAACUGCUGCCAGGUCUUCUCAAGAAGCCGUAAUGACCAGCCAAUGCUCGUAAAUGAAUAUAAGUUUAAAGAAGGAUCAUCUAGCCGUCUUCGCUAAAAACAUGUUUUCUGGAUUUCGCCGAGCAAAACGUAAACAUCUUUUCAGCAAAUCCAAACCAUACUCCACGACUUCUUACGAACAUGUUAGUAUUUUAACUUUAGGUGAACUUUAAGACUCUUUUACCUUUGUUUCUGCUUAGUUUCCAUUGAUCGUUAACGAAUAAAGAAGCAAAUUUUCUUUCUCACUUUUACAGAAAGAACAUUUUCAUUCAAACUAGACGAUUGUGGCGUGUUCGUAAUCAGCCAAUAGAACCGUUUGUUAUUGUGUAGCGCGUUACGAGAAUCUUGCAGUUAAUCAAAAAGCAAGCAUUUUUGUGAGCUAUGUUAUAAAAGAAUUUGCUCAUGCUUUUAGCUGUGCGUAUAUCGAGUUAUGGAUGCACUUGGGAAGUUUGGAGAGCACUCAAGAAGCUAGAGUUGCACUCGGCUAUCGCCUCGUGCAACUCUUACGCAUCUUUCGUGCUCUCCAAACUUCCCGCGUGCAUCCAUAACUCGAUAUACGCACGCAAAGCAUGAACAAAUUCUUAAGUAACAGCGUGUAAGUCCCUUUAAAUUCAUAACGGGCUAAUACGAUUCAAAAUACAACGUAGACUCAGCUCCGGCUGGUUGCAAAUUUUUAACUUUCACUUGGUUAACUUGUAAAACUUUGCAUAGCAAUUUGUGACAACACGACCGUAUUUUGACCGUAUUUUGUGUAACUGCUAGGAAGAGUGGAAUUACUAUAGAUAGUCUAUAGAAUCGAAAAGUCUGAAAAGCAGUUUUGUUUCUGCAAUACGAUCGAUCUUCAUGAAAGAACAACGGCCCUCUAUCUGGAAAGUCCCCGGACAACCCUUGAGCGUUGGCCUAUAUGCAGUGAUAUUUUUUCUUUUUGCUUGUUCAAUUAAGGCGGACUGGAAUUCGACAGCUAAACACAUCAAGUUGGGAUUCCGUGCAGAUAUCAAGAUUCCUGUGAAUGGCGAUAUCUACCGUGAUGGAAUCAGAGCUCCUAACAGUGAACUGUUUUUGUUUGGUGUGUUGGAGUAUGAUUUUCUACAACAAAUAGUUUCAGGAAAACUGGGCAUGCGUGGAAUAUGGAGAAAAGCCUUCUUCAUACCCUUCCUUGGCAUUGGAAACAUUUUCCUCGGGUAAGAAACACAAUGUUGAUUAUUAUCUCUUGAGAUUUCUGAUAUAAGUAUGAUAAAGUGUAGCCCCAUCGCACAAGCCUUGCGUACUAGAAAUUUUUUUUGGAGCGUGAAAAAACCGACCAACUGUUCAUAAAGAGUAGGGGACCUAAUCCCUAGUGUGGCGGUCUUUCCCAAUUUACCACUCACAAUAGGGGGCAUUCAUAACUCAUUACUUCUAGACUGCGCUUAAAACAGUUUGGCAAAAGGGUACAAGUCCAGGGCCCGGUUCCUUGAAAGAUAGUUAAGUUUAAGGUGUUUCGAUAUAGUCUUUCAGGGGCCAUACCGAUAUUUUUCAAUCGAUUUAAAAGUGAUUUUAUCCUUGUCUGAUCGCUAUAAAUGUUUUACCAAUGAUUGACUAUAGAUUGAAAUUUGUCAAAAUGUAGGUUUUAGUAAAACCGAUAUUACUAUGACAACAAUAAACAAGACUGUUUGAAAUUGAUAAACGCCUACUUUUACGCGAUCUAGACCAGCUACUGAAAAUCCAACACUAGGAACUUUUAAAAAGUUUGGUGUGUAGCAAAAAACCUCCGUAAGAAGUAAAAAAUUCUGUAUGUUUGAACUCGACUAAAACGAAAAUAUAUUUCAAACCUAAAAUUUCCAAUAGCCGUGAUAGGUUAUUUAAUAAAAAAUUUGUAAAUGAUUCAAAUUAUUCUUAAGUAGCGUCAGAAUGCUGCUUAAUAUCUUAUUUUGAUGCUAGGGAAUUUUGGUGUAUUUUCGUUCUUGCGAUCUUAAAACUAACCCGUUUUCUCAACACCUGUGCAUGUCUAAGUGCAACUUCAUUCACAAUUUGGACUUUUAGCGCUUCUUUGUACUCUCUGAAACGACUCGAAUUUUUAAAAAUCUCUUCACAUAAUCUUCAUAAUGUAUAUAAUUAUGUCUGAAACUUUCAUUAAGGUGUCUCGACUGGAUUUUUUGGUGGGGAUACCUCCUAAGUUUGACCAUUAACUACGUCGCCAUGAGUAAAGAUAUGGAAAAAAGAUUACCACAACUGUAUUUUAUAAAAAUGAAAAUUUCUUAUGAUCUGGGUUUUAUUGCAAUCGGAGUCGCCAUGGCAACGUAACGACGCCAUUACGUUUUUUAUUUAUCUUUGUGUUUCUCUGUACCAAGAGUUUUUUUAAGAAAUCGCUUAAGGGAGUUUGUACCUUCCAUAAUUGCCUCAAUCGUCUAUAAAUAUAUCCUGCAAGUUUUAAGAACAUUGAAAACAGAGAAGUCUUUCAAACAGGGCCUCAAAUAUAACCAAUUUUCCCCCCAGAUUUUGUGUUUACAAGUGAGCGUCCUCAUUAUUCACUGGUAUUGUUUCCACGUUUCAUAUGCACGUGCCCAAUUAGCAAAAAGAUAGAAUUUGCAUCAAAAAGGGCCCUCGGUUAAAUCUCCCGAAUAUGCUAAUAACCGGGUAAAGAAAUUAGUGAUAUUUUAUAACAUCACAGCAACUCUUUGUAAGAGUUUCUGUGACGUUAUAACCCGAGUAAGAUAACUAUUAAAGUAUUGCAUCCUACACGAUGAGCCGUGAUGUUCGUGAUGCUAUCUGUGACACAAGCCAAUUAUUAGCAUAUUCCGGAAUUUCUUCCGAAAGUAAUCGAGAGUUCUUUUUGAUGCAAAUUUAUUUCUUUUUGCUAAAUGUGCACGUGCAUAUGAAACUUGGAAACAAUACCAGUGAAUAAUGAGGACGCUCACUUGUAAACACAAAACCUGGGGGGGAAAUUUGUUAUAUUUGAGGCCCUAUUUAAAAGCCUUCCCUGUUUUCAAUGUUCUUGAAAGUUGCAGGGUAUAUUUAUUGGCAAUUGAUCUCGGGAUUGUCAAAUUUAUAAAAGAAAUUAUCGAGCGGUUUUUUGAAAAAUGCGAAAAUUGUACGCAUGGGCCAAAUUACGUGCAAAAACUGUAACAAAAGCAGCUGAAUGCAAGUUACUAAAAUUCUUCUUACUCGCGAUCUCCCAGAGCAAUUCCCCUCUUUUCUUGUACGCAGUUUUCAAUGGAAUCAAACCACUAUGAGAUGAAGCCGUGUUUCCAAAGCUUAUCAUUUUCUUUAAAAAAAUAGCCAAUAAUUGUGUGGAUAGCAUGCUGUUUCACUGUUUUUAUGAUGCUUAAAACUUUGUUUCAAAAUAUCUCGAAAACGCUCUCAUAGAAUUUGUUUAAACGUUGCCAUAAUUGAGGCAAUUAUGGCAGGUACAAACUCCCUUAAGCGAUUUCUUAAAAAAAACUCUUGGUACAGAGAAACACAAAGAUAAAUAAAAAGCGUAAUGGCGUCGUUACGUUGCUAUGGCGUUUCCGAUUGCAAUAAAACCCAGAUCAUAAGAAAUUUUCAUCUUUAUAUAAUACAGUUGUGGUAAUCUCUUUGCCAUAUCUUUACUUGUGGCGACGUAGUUAAUGCUCAAACUUGGGAGGUAUCCCCUCAAAAAAAUCCAGUCGAGCCACCUUAAGAUUGAUUCACUGCAACACCUUGAAAUUUCAAGACAUACCUAUCCUACCUACCGGUCAAAAAUCCGCGCUACAACAUUCACUGUUUUGACGUUGUAAAAAUUCUUAACAGAUAGUGUUUUUUUGAAAGGUUAACGUACAAGGUUGGAGCGCCGAUACCCAUAACUGGAGUGCAGUUUGGAAUGAGAAUAGAAUUCGGAUAUAAUUGUCUUACAGCAGCGGAUUUUAACGAUCAGGUAAGGAUGAGAUAAUCGUAAGGAAACGGAUAACCAUAACUUUGAAAACAGAAGAUCACCAUCACAUUUGUAUCAUUUCGCAACGAUAACUUUGUUUAUAUUCAUACAUAAAAACAAUUCAUUGUUACCUAUAACUUCCUUUUACAAGUAACUGCGUUUCGCAUUUUUACUCAUAGCUCCUAAAUAACCACCUUGUUCUUAGAUAAGCAUCUUUGCAUUUAAAUGGUUAUAGUUCACGCGCUAUUUUAAGAAAGUCACCCUUGCUCUUAAAUAGCCAUGCUUACUCUUUUAUUAGUGACGACAUUUGCCUUAAAUACCACCUCUUCAAUGUGAUUUUUCGCAUUGGCAGAGAGAAAGAUAAAACAAGUAGUAUGCGCGUAGUUCUUAAUGGCUUUGAGAAAAGGAAAAAUUUCAAUGACAAAAAUCGCAUUUACUAUUCGUCUUAUCUUACUCUUAAAAAAUUAUAAAAGAGCUAUUUAUGGAUGCCAUCUUUGAGCAUGGAUCUUCGCGUUAUUUCAUCAGUAGGUUGGUGUUUGAGCUGUUACUUUUGCGCUGUGAACAGUGAAAUAUUCUGAAUUCUUGCGUUAGGGUCAUUGUUUUGGUGGCAGUGGUUAUUUUGGUAUAGGAGCACCUCAGUUCUUCUACGUUGACAUCACCGCACUUACUCUUGGGAAGAUCUUCAGACUGCUAGGAGCAAAAUUCCAGCUUCCGGAACCUAUAGCAAAGACGGGAUUCCCAGAAGGCGCUUCGGUAAGUACCUGCACUUGAUUAUUUCGUUCAUUUCUUUAGAUAUUCAAACACAGCGAAGUAGGUCGAAAGAAACACCACAGGUACCCGAAGCUCGAAACUUGCGUCACAGCAUUUGCAUGGAUUAUUUCUGUAGCCUACAAAUGUGAAAGGAUUUUAAAAAAUUCAGCUAACCUCACUUUUGUUGCGUAUUCCUUUUUUCCUGUGUGGUUUCCGAGCCGAUCUAGGGCCAUUGGUAAUGGUUUUAUUGGAACCGGUUUUUGGAAACAAUUAUAUAGAGUACAAAUCGGUUCGAAUAAAACAAAACCCAUUAAAUGGAAAUAAAUCAGCGAGGCAACCACACAGGGAAGAAUAAGGACACCAGUUAAGUAAAGUUGCCGACUUUAUUCAAAUCCCUUUACAUUCGUGGGUAACAGAAAUGCACAUAACUCGGACUUCGGUUGGUUUUCACUAGUGCGCACAGUUAUUUGUACGGAAUUCCCUUAUGACUUCAUGUUUGCUAGAAUAGACCUUUUUACCGAUACGGCGGCCAUAUUGAAUAAGGUAGAUUUAAGGAGUAUUAUGGGAUGUCCAGGGGGGGCAUGAGUACAUUCCGUUAAGUAUUUACGAGCGCCUGUUGAAGAUUGUAAUGGGAAAAAAGAUCGUUGUGCCGUGUUAGGAUGUAAUAAUGAUCGCCUUCUUCCUAAGAAAUAUACAGAGAAAGACCAUAUUUCUAAUACUAAGCGAGUACAACGGAUAGUGCUCAUGCUCCCUGGGCAUCCCAUAAUACUCCUUAAAUGAAAUUAAUUCAAUAUACGGGCCGCUGUAUCAAUAAAAAGGUCUAUUGCUUGCGUUUCGGUGAGGAUUAGGGAUGGCUGACAUUUCGUGAUGUCUGUCAUAAGGGUAUGAAUCUUUCUGCAUUUUUGGACAUAACUCAAGUUUUGAACAUUUAGAAACGUUAUAACAAAUUUGGUUGUUUUAGGUUUCGUACGCUACAGAUGCCAUCGAUCUUCGUAUCGCGGGUGGGCCGUACAUUCUGAAGGGAUUUACCAUGAAAGGAAGACUCAACAUAUUCGGAUGGUCAAUAUUUGCGCAUCUUAAAUUGUCGGAUGAGGUGAGAUAACUUAAGGUGUUUCGAUACAGUUUUUCAGAGGCCAUACCGAUAUUUUUUAAUCGCCUUAAAAAGUGUUUUUUCGUUGUCCGAUCGCUGUAAAAUUUUUUCUAGUAAUUGGCUAUGGAUUGAAAUUUGUGAAAAUGUAGUUUUAAGUGAAAUCGAUAUUACCAUGACAACGAUAAACAAAAAACUUCGAAAUUGAUAAAAGCCGAAUGUUGUGUGAUCUAGACCAACUACUGAAAAUCCAAGACUAGAAACUUAAAGUUUGGUGUUUAGCAAACAAUCUGCGUAAGAAGUAAAUAAUUCUGUAUCUUUGAAUUCGACUAAAACGAAAAUAUGGUUCAAACCUUAAAUUUUCAACAGCCGUGAUAGGUUAUUUAAUAAAAACGUUAUAAAUGGCUCAAAUUAUUCUUAAGUAGCGUUAGAAUGCUGGUUAAUGUCAUAUUUUGAUGCUAGGAAAUUUUGGUGGAUUUUCGUUCUUACGAUCUUAAAAACUAGCCAGUUUUCUCACCACCUGUCUAAGUGCAACUUCAUUCAAAAUUUGGACUUUAAGCGCUUCUUUGUAUAUCUCUGAAACGACUCGAAGGAAUUUUUUAAAAAUCUCUUCACAUAAUCUUCAUAAUGUAUGUAAUAAGGUCUGAAACGUUCAUUGAGGUUUAUUCACUGCAACAUCUUAAAAUUUCAAGAAAAAACUAUCCUAGGAACCUGUCAAAAAUCGGCGCUACAACAUUCACUGCUUUGACGUUAUGUUAAUUUUUCCAAAAUAAUGCGCACUAUAAUCAAUCAUUGGUGAAAAUUUUAUGCAAUGAGACAAGGAUAAAAUCACUUUUAAAGCAUUGAAAAAUAUCGGUAUGGCCCCUGAAAAACUAUAUCGAAACACCUUUGACUCUGAAGAUGACUACCCCACAGGUAGUCGAAACGUCAGUCACUGUCAACAGCAACAGUCCUAUUCUGGACUUCUUUCACCCGGACGGUCAAACUCAACCUACUUUUGAAAUGACUCCUGGGUUCAAAUCUUUCACAGUUAAGACUUUAUCUUCAUGAGUUUUAUCAGAAUUGUGUUAUUUUAUUCGUCUUUGUGUAUAAGCUAUUCUAUGACUCGUUUUAACAAAGCGUCAUUUUUUUUCUUUUUUAUUCCAAUACUAACAAUAAGCAAGUAAAUCGUAAAAAAAAAAAAAUUAAAAAAAAUAAAAUCGUAAUGAAUACUUCGCUGGUGGUAUGUUUAUAAACUGUUCUUGCUAGUUUACAGUCACUCCACCGAAAUAAGAGAUCAGGAAUAAAAGACCUGACUGGUGCAAACACAGGGCUCGGGUAGCGGGAUGGGCUGGAAGGGGCAGGCUCUUCCCACUUUUUGAAAAUGAAUAAAUAAAUAAAUUUAAGUGCAGUGGAACGUCGAUAUAACUAACGGCUAAGGGACUGGCAAAAUAUUUUCGUUAUAACGAGGUUCUUUUCUAUAUAUUUUACUAUUUCUGGGGUUAAAAAAGUUCGUUAUAUCGAGAACCUCGUUAUAUCAAGGUUUCACUGUAAUGUACAUUUUCAUAUUAAAAGUAUUUUUGCUGGAAUAAUCUCAGUAAACAAAAAAAAAAAAGGAAAGAGAGAAAAAAAAUAAGAGAGAACGGACAAAUUUGCCCCCUCCUCCUCCCUACUUCAAAAGAGAUGGUCACCAGCCUCCACACCCUAAAAACUGCUCCGACAACAAAUGCCGUUUCAACUGCCGAUGAGACGAUUCUAAAACUCUCCUCUUUGACAAAAAACCUUAGUAUUACUUGCUUCUGAUUCACCUACUUCCAAUUAGUUUCUGUCUCGCCAUCAAGCCUUUAUUAUCCUUAGAGGCCUUCACACAAAAAGAUAAAAGACGAAAAGUUUAAUUCAAGUUUAAUUUAAGUUCUAUUUAAUUCAGUUGCUGGAUGCUUAAGCAAACGAAGAAAUUUGGACUGGCUGCUCCAUCACUUCCCCCAAUCAAAAGUUUUCCGAGGACGCUUAGCACACUGCAGAAUAUAGUUUUGCGAACUUACUUGUUUCUUUUUGUCAUGAGGUGGAAUGUAGAACAUAUAAUCUUUCACAGACGUAACAUAACAUGGCAUACGGAGUGCGUGUUCCAGAAGUAUGUGUUGCUGGGUUCUCGCUUUGACAAUUAUUAGUUACCUUUUAUCUGAUAGAUUAAGCAAUGUUAGGGCUGGUUUUAAGUUCGAGCGUCAUACUCAUGACGAUGUAAGUGUUUUUUGGACUCCGCAAUUUAACAAAAAGCUUUUGCUUCUGCCCAUUUUUCUUGCGAUUGGGUCGCCUGUGUAUUUUAGUCCUUCGAUGCCCCUUAACAACAAAAACAUUUAGUUCUUUUGGUUAAUUGCUGUGAAGUAAAAUUUAGUUAAACAAAUUAAAGAAAUGCUAUUUGACGUUUUCUCAGAGAUGUCCGAUCGCCGGGACAGUAGUGCAUCGUGUUAAAGGUGAUUCCAUAUAAAUGUUUUGAUCAUCUGAAAAGAUUUUAAGACGACUAUUACAUGGAGUUUACCUAUUCAACUUGCUCUUAGGACCUUCAAAACCAGGAUAUAUCAGUUGAGAGUUUUACUUUGCAGGCAAUCUUUGUGGACCUCAAACCUGAUCCAAUCAAUAUCUUGGGCCUUGCUGUUAUCGCCCGUAGUCCGAGUCAGUUGGAUUUGGGACCUUGGUUUUAUAUGGAUGCCAGAAAGACUCCACUCUACUACGAGGUAACGUACCAUCCCUUCCCUUUACGCAUUACCAGGACAGUCCCCUACCUAAAAGUUCAAUGUAACGAGUGAAAGACGUUCGAAAUGACACGUAUAAAUAAAUAACAGGUGUGACAGUCUCUGUUAAACUAUACAUGAUGGUACAGCUUGCUGCGUGCUGCGACAGUAUCUUUUUCUUAAUUAUUUGCAAGCUAACUGAAGGACUGAAAUUUAAAUACUUAAUUUUCUCUCGGCUCUCCUUACGAAACAAAUCAUUCAUAUGGAACAUUACAUGGUUAAGAAUCCUAACUGGUGGGAGGCGAACCAGUUGGCUAUUUCACAAGCGUGGCUAUGGAUAUAUGAACACGAGACUGCCUAGAACAAAUCCAGCUUGGGGUCAGGGGAAGGGACUUGAAAUCGGAGCCUCCAGAUUACAAGUCCCUCGGCCACGCUUCCUCCAGUUUUUGCUUAAAUAUAUUGUUGUGGAUUAUUCCUUUUUUUAUAGGCAUAUAUAGAGGGGUACACCAAACUACUGGGAAUCUCAACGUACGUCCGCUUGAACCUGACCAUGAGCCACAUAGAACUGUUGAUUCAAGGAAACUUCUUAAACCUCAUCAAAGCUGAACUGUAUCUGACAGCUGGUUACAGCUUAACAGGGUUCAGUGCUAACUUCUAUGUCAGAGUAACCGUGGACCUCAGCGGUAUCAACAAAGUAAGAAAAUCACUUAAAAUUUCAUGUUUGCAGUCAAAAUGGAAAAAAAUCACUCUUCUUUCUUCCCCCCAAGAGGAGGAUGUUUGUUUGUUUUUUGGCGUAAUUGCUCUAAUUUAUAAUUUGCACAAAGCAUAUAAAUUAUAUCACAGGAUAUAUUAAUUAUUUUCCUGAAGAUGUUUGGCCAAAUAGGUUUAAAUCAAAUUUUUUCCUCGUUUAUUUUUAACCCACUUCCAGAUGUCCCGAUAACCUAAUGGAACACUGUAUCUAGUAUUAGAUAUAUAACAUGAAGCUCAAAACAGUCAUUUCUAUCAAUAGGCAAGUUUCGUAUUCCUGGGCGGUCUAGGGCGAGUGCUUGUUUUCGCGCGAAAGCGAGGCUAAUGGGAGUAACUUCUUGGCAAGAAGACAAACAAACAUGAGAAAACUGCUGCUGAGUUACCAGAAAUUGAGGAAAAUCUUAAAGGUUAAUGUUUAGAUGGGCUCCAAACAUACUUAUAGGCUUAAGAAAUCAUUGCUACGUACAGCAAAAGGAAGACCAGCUCUUCGUCACCGAGAAAAACAACGAGCGAAACCAGGAAUUUUCCGGAAGAGUGGGUUGGUGAGCAAGUUCAAUAAAAAUGCGGAGAUGGUCUCAAAAUCGUCAAAACGUGGUAAAACCCUGAAGCCAUUUUAAUGUCCAUUUUCAGUGAUCGUUAUAACUUCUUUAAGUAAGCGUUCAUUGAAGUGUGGUAGUUAUCGAAAAAUGCAAUUAAGUAAAACAAUUACUUUUCAAUGAGAAUGAAGAAAUGAUCGUCGCAGUGAACGCAAUUUAUGCAAUUGCGUAAAGAAGCCUGAAAAAAGAUUCAGGACUUAAACGGGGCUUGAACCCGUGACCUCGCGAUUUUUGGUGCGAUGCUCUACCAACUGAGCUAUGAAGUCACGGACGUUGGGAGCAGGUCAUGAUCAAUUGUGGUUUGAUAUGUUCCCGUGAAAGAACUGAGUGUUAAUGAUAUAUGAAAUAAAUCAUAUAUGAACUGCGGAAAUGAAAUGAGAAUGAAGAAAAAAAAAAUCAGGACUUGAAGUCCCGAAUUUUUUUUCAGGCUUCUUUACGAAUUGCACAAAUUGCGUUCACUGCGACGAUCAUUUCUCAGCUGACUUAGCUCAGUUGGUAGAGCAUCGCACCGGUAAUCGAAAGGUCACGGGUUCAAACCCCGUUGAAGUCCUGAAUUUUUUGUUUUCAGGCUUCUUUACGCAAUUGCAUAAAUUGCUUUCACUGCUACUAUCAUUUCUUCAUUCUCUUUUCAUUUCCGCAGUUCAUAUAUGAUUUAUUUCAUAUAUCAUUAACAACUAUUUUUCAGUUGACAUUUUCUAACGGAGCGGAUGAAAAAUCUUGUGUUUUUGAAAUAAACCGAACAAGCACGUUCGGUGGAAAAAUAGGUUGCUUUAGCAGCAGAACGAGAACGUCAUUCGACGACGGGAAAGCGCACGAAAAGGACGAAACUCGACUUCCGGUGCCCAAUUUGCCGCUCUGCCAUUGGUCAAGCCAGUUGUUUGAUUUGCGCGCGCAGUCGUCAACUAACGUUCCUGUUCUGUUGCUAAAUCAGCCUAAUAUCUAUCACGACGGGGCUGAAGUUCUGCAUAGAUUCCUUGCACUGCAAGGAAGUUAAAUCGGAAUGGACAAAGGCGAUUUGAAAGGUAUAAGUUUAUUUACACAUUUAGCUUACAUUGCCUAUAAAAACAUUCAGCUACAUGUAGAAAAACGAUCGACGUAUGCACAUUUCACUCGAUUAGAAGUUGAAUACAGCCUUAUUAUACAGAUGAUAAUACUAAUCCAUUUUACAGAUAUACACACGAGUAAAACAGGAUAAUAAGAAGUUUGAAAAUAAAAGGGAAUCGAAUAUUGACUUUUAAACAUAAGGUUAACUUACCAUUUUCAAGCUGAAGUUUACUUCUUCUUUUGGCUUCAGUCGUGGCUGUUUCCAUGUCUCUGUUAGUUCGACCAGCUCUUUCCACAGUUUUGCUGUUUGAAACAGAUAUCCCUUCAAAGUACUGGUAAAGUUUGAGCCUUGAAAUCUUAUUAUUUUCAUGAUUUGUAUCGUUUUCCAACGACUCAGCCACAAUUUGCCUAUGUAUGUUUUGUGUCUUUGCCAAGAAGUUGAGCCGCAUUAGCCUGGCAAUUAUGCUCGUCCCAGGUCCGUUGGGGAAUACGAAACUUGCCUAUUGUAGCCGAACAAUAAGGCUCCUAUUUCUAAAGAAGCUACACAAUCACCAGAACAAGUUCAGGUUUAUUCAUCAGGAACCAAUAAAGUCAAUAAACCAUCAUUCUGCUUUUUGCCACUCUACAAUCUUAGGCUCUGGACGAGGCCGCCAAAGCUGUAAGAGCAGCUUUUGAUGCUGCGGAAAAGAAACUCCGGGAUGCAAGAAAUGACGUCAUUGCGAAAAAGGCUGAGUGUAAAAGAACGAUGUCUCUUAAGUGUGACAGGUGUAAAGACCUGAAAUGUAAACAAGCCGAGCGAAAUUGCAAGGGAUUUUUGGACAAAGUGGGCAAAUGGAUUGGUGGCGUCGUCAAUGCUGCAGGUAAUAGAGAGCUUUAGAUUCGAGGACGAGAACGACUACGAGUACGAGAUUUCAUUUAAAGUUUUUUCGCCUAUUGUCAAAAAAUAUACACCCCGGAAUUCUUCAUUGUUUCUUUUUUUCACCAGAUAAGUUAGAACAGUUAUCGUUAUUGAAGGAAGUUAAGACCUCUCCCGAUUGCAAAAUGCUAAAACUUCUAACAUUUGAUAACUUGUUCUAGCCACUACGACACUCUCGCUAAAAGUCGUAGUGGAAUGACAACGGCUACCACGUUUUCCCGCCAAAAUGACGCUUGCUCACGCGCAAGCACUACUUACUAUUGAGAAAAUCUCGUACUCGUAGUCGUCCUCGUCUUAGAAUCUAAAGCUCUCUAAUUAAUGUAGCGUCUUACUUCCGUACGUGUAGGUUGUUGCGUGAUGCAAAUUUGAGUUAACUUUGGAUUUAAGCAAAAGUACGAUCAAUCAGUGCUAAAACCCACCCGAAGUCUAGAAUUAAUUCAAGAUCUAGAAUUUGAUGCCCUUAUCUCACGAUAUCUGACAUUUACUAUUAGCACAAAAAUAUGAAUUCUUCAAUGUUACACUAACGCGGACCAUGCCAGCGCUCAGCACUCAAACGGUUUUAUUGAUUUUUAUUUUGGGGUGUUAGAAAUGAACAUGAGAUAUAUGAAUAAAUUUCAUUCCAUGGGAAGCGUGUGGCUAUCUAGGGACUAAUUCAUCAAGAAGAAUAUGACCGUUGAUAAAAUUCUUGUCCUUUUUUUUUUCUUGCGUAAUGUGCAGUAUUAGAAUUUUGCGUGGCACAAUGUUAUCUGGCAUGUUUGUAAUACGGUAUUUUAUUUUAGCUAACCUUAGAAUGUAUUUGUAGGAAAGUGGAUCAAGAAGACUUUUAAUAAGAUCGGCAAAGCAUUAGCUCCGGUAAGCUUACAUUCUAAAUUGAUUUUCAAGAGUACAGAUUCUCCCUGCAGUGGUAAAAACCAAACCAUGCCCAAGGGCAGACCUAACGUCUUUAAUGGUUGGGGUGUAGGGGUCGGAGCGCUUACUGAGGUGAUAAAGGGUAUCUUAGGCAAAAGAGGGCCGGGUUUCAUGGACACCCAGGGAGAGGCAUUUAGUUGGAUAGCGACUCGGGAACUGGAUUGCAGUUGAUUGUUUUUUUGUUGCUUAAACACCACUGAUUAUAAUUUUUAGGUUGGUAAAGCUAUCAAGAAAUUCUUUAAGGGAUGGAGAAAGAGAAGAGAAUUGCAAGACAUGCGCGAUGAAAACUUUGCUUUACACAUUCGUCGACGUCGGUUUAUUAGCAAAAUUAUUUGCGAAGGUCUUGUUGGAGGAGGCUGCAGUGGUCAGUAUAAGUGAAUUCACCACGUUCUUAUGUCAAAGAAUAAGAUUCAUAGUAACUGCAACUGGGCUGAUUUCCUCUUUUUAGCAAAACGUCUACCUUCGUGUUGUUAAGAACUAUUUGACUGAGACUAGUUUCUGCAAAACUGUAUAAUAAAUAAGAAUUCGAUCUUGCUAUAUCAGUGCAUAUUCAAGAAGCCCUGCUUGGUUGAACUGAAUUUUAAGCAUGAACAUGUAAGUAGUUCAAACAGUGCCUAGCUUAUGUAUGUGAGCCUGAAAUAUUGUGCGCAGUCAAAGUAUAACACUUGUGUUUGUUCUGCCUUGCCCUUCAGCCGUAUCUCACCUUUGUGAAGGAACAUGCAGAGCCGUGGAGUUUAUCGGAAAGGGUCUGUGUAAUGUUUUGGAUGUGGCUAUUGGUUUCCUUAAAGUAGUGGAGACCGCGACGCGCUGGGUUGGCAAGGCAAUAAACUUUAUCCUCACUGCUUUGUUUAGAAUCCACAGGUAACUCUUAUGGUUCCUAAAUAAUCGUUACCACCGCCUCGAUCGAUGAGUUAUUUUUUUUCAGCCACCGUUCGCGUUCUAUGUUUUACUGAUGAAGGUCGUUAUCUGUCUCUUUCUUUGUUUAAAUUGAUUAUCUUUCUUGUGACUUGGCAAUUCAGGGAUGACAAAAAGUAUUUAUAGUUGGUGUGUAACUAUGGUUAAAAUGUCAUGUAAUUAUCCUGCGAUAAAUAUGAAAUCAUAGUCUCCCAUGGGAUUUGAAUCUAACGGUACUUAAAACUUUUCCUUUUAAAGAAGGGAUGAAUUCGGAACAAGGACUUGAGUUCACUCCUGGGAUCGACGUGAACUCGGGACAACUCGCACAGAAGGCUGUGCGCUGACCAUCAGUGCCAAUCCUUCUUCCUAAACAUAACAUCCCAGAAUAUCAGUUUCGAGAAACGAAACAAUCCCCAUGGCACUUCCCUGGGGCACUGCAUGUGUCCUCAAGAUUCAAUAGCCUGGUACCAACUGUAACGUUUGUUUUGUUGCCCUACAGCAUCAAAUUCGAAUUUGGUCUGGACGUUUACGCAAGCGGCGGCUUUAAAAACCUAAUUUUCAAUGCCGCUAUUGACUUAACCAUAUUUGGAAAACGCCUCUAUCUUGCCAUUGGCUUCAACUUGAACGAUCCUGUAGGCAGUAUCAGGUUUGGGGCCGACAAAUCUACAGAAUGGUACAAAGAUAAGAUGAACAAAAAAGGCGCCACGAGUACUGCAGAGAACUACUAUGACAAUCCUAAUCCAUUCGCUGACUUUGAAAUGUCAGGUACGCUCUUAUCCUCUAAAGCGAUGGUGUAAUACAAUGUUAUAUACUGAUCCCUCAAGAAAUAAUUUUAUUUUCUAAAGGUCUCGAGGGAAAAAGAAUGGAAAGCUUAUGACGAUUCACUGAUGAAAAGAAAAGGGUCUGAAAGACCACUUUAGACGUCCAACUUUAAUGGAAUUGGCUGUGAUUACGCUAAGCCUACAACUCGAAUCGGAGAGUGUAAAUCAUACCUGCGACAACUGUACGUCAGUUGCAGGUUUGCUUUGCACGAUAUAACUUGUGCAAACAGUGAUCGACAGAUGAUAGUACACGAAAAAGUUGUAUGACGUUACUUAGCCUGCGUCGCAGGUGUAAAAAGGGGAGGGGGAGGGGCGAUAAAAGAGAAAGGGAAAAGGGACCAUAAGUGGCGUCCCUUUUCCUUUCUCUUCAGUCCCCCUCCCUUUUCCUCUCCUUCCCCACCCGUUUUGACACCUGCCCUGCAGGCUAUACGUUGUGACUUGAUGCUAAUUAUUACUGAUAACUUGAACCAUUAACCACUUUUGUGUGUGGUUUCAAAACCUAUAAGGUAACGAAAGUAGAAGCCUGCGAAUACAUUUGAUCACAAGAACUAGAAUUGGACGUAUAGGUACGAAGAACAAUGAUAAGCUUUGAAGUGAAAUUGCUGACAUCGAAAUUUUUUCGGCUCAGAAUACUUCUUGAUCGAGAAUCAGCAGUCGGCAACUGAUGACAUACGAGGACCUUGCCUUUUUGUGGACUCCAAGACAGAUGGUGCAAAGAUUAGAGUAACAGGAUGCAAUGAUACUGACGAGAGACAGAACUGGGCUUACACUUUGAAAGGACAAAUUAUGGUAAGACUGCCCUAUUUAACGUCACAAGCGAAUACAUACAUGUAACAUGGACGGUGACUAGCUGACGCCGCAUUCCUGAAUAAAGUCUUUCAAAUGAAUUUGGGCUCAGGGGCGUGAAUUAUUUAAAAAAUAGCAAAGUAUUAAAUGCAUAAUCGUUCUUUUGAGUUUAAUUAAUAAUCGACAUGCCACGAACGUGGGUCGAAGAAAAAAGCCUGCGUCCUCGACGGGAUUAGAACCUAUGACUUCCGUAAACCCGGCGGAUGCUGUAUCCAAUAAACUACAGAUACCCAGGAGGGGUAGCAUGUUCCAGGCGUUCAGAUAGUGGAGUGCACCACCUCUUUGCCAAUUUUGCUUGUCGUCUCUCUGCGUCUUCCCCACAAUCUGAACACCUGUAACUGGCUACAGGAGGACAUGACCAUUCAUGGAGUUCAUAUGAGACACACGUUUUACAUGGUGUGAGGUAUAGCAAAGUUGUGAGCGCACGGUAUGGUGAUCAAGAUGCUCGUAGUGGAGAAGUCUAAUCGCCAUAUCGAGAAAAUUUGUUUUUACCAUGUCAUCUUUUCUUGGACAGAUCGCCUGAGCUUUUAAAAAUGAUUAAGACUUAAUUUCCGUUAGGCUGGCCAGAAAAAGAUAAUAAAAAAACUUACUGUCCAGGUUAGGAUGAAAAUGUGAAAGGGAUACGCAAAAUGAUUUUUACGUUAUGAAAUGCCUCAUGUAAGAGGUUCUCAUCACUUCUAUUUAUGGCAUCCGGCGGGAUAUUGAUGCUAGGAAGUGCGCUAUUUUGUCCCAUAGAAUACUUGGUCAAAGCUUUGUAUCGAUACAAACGGAGCAUCCAAGGGUUCACAGCUGAUUCAAAGCAAGUGCGAACCGAGACAAGAUGAUCAGAAUUUUGAGUGUGACCUGGCGGUUAGGUCGAUCAAGCGAAGACGAGCCGAUAUGUGCUGGACUGUGGGUGAGUUGUACCAUUGGAAGACACAAUGUUGACACUACAAUUUGUUUACCAAGAGGCUCUUACAGGAACACCCAACGUCAUUUUCGGAAAAUAUCUGUUCGGAAGACGAUUUGAGAUCUAGAAUUUUCGGAACAUUUUUUGUAAAAUUUCUUGCUUGCCUGCCUCUCCUACGAUUUUCGAACAUCUAAAAAAUGGUAUAACUGACCAUUUUUAACGGAUAUUUACCCUAAAAAGGUCACCUAGAAUUUUCGGGAGCCUUUUUUCUGGCUGACAUUUUCGAAAAGAUAAGUUUUGAUCCCUAUAAUUUUCGAUCACUAGACUUUCAGCUAGGAAAUCCGAACAGUUAAAAAAUUUUUAGGGGAUAAAAAUACGCCUAUAUCUAUAUCGUUUAAAUAUUAAAAUACGUUUAACAAUGCUAUGUUUUAAGUGGUUUUGAACUAUGUUCUCGUUGGGUGUCCCUGCUCUUAGAGCCUUAAAGAACCCGCUUGAAAGUGCUUAACCGUUCUAGAUCGAAUUGGAAUUCGGAAGUGUUGGUUGUUGAGGCCAGGAAGAAAACCUUCCAUUUUGGAGCGAAAAAGAGAGCUAAACCCAACGCCAACACCGUGGUCAGGCGAGACAAAUUUGCGAAUGCUAAGUAAAAACUCAAAGCUAAGGUUUUUACUUUACUUGGUGAGAGUUUAAGAAGUUACCAAUACGCCGUUAAUUCACUGAAUUUUUUGAAAGUUUUCUUAAAAACGGUCUAAGUGUCUGAAAACACAGAAACUGGUGUCAGGACCACCGAGUUUUCAAGGAAAAGAGUUCAGUAAUUUGAGAAAAAAUAAAAAUAAAGUUUCGCUGGUUAAUUGUUUUAAAAAUACUUACCCAUUUUUCACUUACUGACCUGAAAUACCAAUCAAUAAUGAAAAAGACGUUAUAAACGUUUGACUGCGUUGGCCAUACAUGCCCUAGAUGCCGGAACUCGGCGUCUGCUAUCACCACUGCGGUAUCUCUGCAGAACUCAUUUGCUAAUAAAAUCGUCAAUUUUUUUCCCAUUAGGUUCAACCAGCCUGGCUGGGCCGGGCUCUAUGGUCCAUCUUGGUUCUUUGAAAUGCAUCCAUCCACAGGGGGGAGGAGACAGUGUGUCAGAGGGUGCCAAGUUGCUCAUUCAUAGUGGAUGCAGCUUGAGCAGGUAACAGACACUACCCCACAGUUUCACUGAAUCCUAAUUAACCUUCUGGAGAUUUGACUGAUUUUCUGUUACUAGGCUAGAGUUUAAAUUGGAGAAUGGCAAUUUGAAGCAUACAAAGAGCGGAAAAUGUGUGCGGCCAGCAGGAACAGUUGCUGAUGGUGUUGCCCUUGGUUUGUACUCGUCAUGUGGCGGCCAUCAGUUUAGUUUCACAACUGGAGGAUCAUUGCAGCACGUGGGCAGCAAGAAAUGCAUCAAUUCUAAAUCAGGGGUAAGUAAUAUGGUGUAUUGAGUUGAAAUAGCCAGCUGAAGAGGAAAGAAACAGUUAAUGGACGAGGCUGAAUACAAUAUGAAGUAUUAUGUAGAUCGAAGGGGAAGACAUAAUGCCUCCUCGAAUCCAAAGGCUGAGGCAGAUAACACCUCGGUGCACUGUGUUGGCCAUUUACUUAGCAGUUUUGAAAUACGAACGAAUGUUUUUUUCUUAACUUAUUUUUUGUGUUUUCUCUUACUGUCGGUGAUUCGCCUGUUUCGUCCUCGCUAAAAUUUUCUGUGCUCUGGUAGAUACUGAUACGCAAAAAAUGUUUUAUAAUUGCUUUCUUUGGGGUUUCAAAAGUUUUACUUAAAUCGAAAAAUAUAUCCUCCAGUAUCCAUUAAAAGCCUAAAAGAAUUGCCAAUAUUCAACGCUUGUUUUCUUUAGAGAAUGAUCCCGGCCAACAAUGACGAAAUAGUCCUGAGCAGCAAAUGUGAAAAUAGCGAUAGCUCCAUACAAAAGGAACAUCUCUUAUUCAGCUUUAUACCAAGUAAGUUUACUGACAUUUAUAACAUUUCAGGGUGGUAUGUCAAUAACUGUUGAUUCAACAUGCUCCACAUUGCUUGUAAAGCUUUAUACGGAGAUAUAUUAAGGCCGUAUAUUUUGAGUUGAAAUACCUCCUCAGUAUAAUUGGGCGGGAUAGGUGCCUUCAAUCAUUUCACAGAAGACUAGACUGGGCCUUUUAGUCUACGAAUUGCCGAACACGAGGAGCAUAUGCUGUUGAUGAAGGUGGUGUGACAUUCAAUAAAUUUGCUUAGAGUUCGGAAUCCGUUAUUUUUUGAUACUGUUCAUCAUGGUUUGAGAGACAUACCAAGGCGAUCUCUCCACUUAUCUGUACAAAUGGCUGCCAAAGGCGUAGUGCUGGCGGAACUCUGCAUGAGGGUGGAUGAAACCAUUCAUUACAAUACCGUAUUUAUUCGAUUAAAGGCCGCAGCGUUAAUAUUUUUAACUUUUCCGAUGCGGCGUUUAUUUCAGAAUCACAUUUCUUAAAUCAUUGACCACAAUUUCGAUAGGUCAUGUACAUAUUAUGUACCAAGGAAAGAUAUUUUAAAGUUCCACGCUUCUUUGCUGAGAUAGAAUCGCAGUUGACUGAAUGGUGUAGAUUACCAAGCUGUACCAAGUUUUUUUUCUCACGUUCCUCGACAAAACGCCGCACUCCACUGAUUGGAUACGGCGUUUUGCCACCAUCUGUGGCAUUUAAUAGACGGCGGCGUUUAAUCGAGUAAAUACGGCAUGUAUUUUAAAUUCACAAGCGCCCCUCUCUACCCAACAGGCGAUCCAUAUGUCAAACUGGACAAGUGCGGAUAUUUUGACCAAGCAAGGCUGGAUCAGCGGUUUGAGGUGGUGGAUGAGGAAAUUGUGAGCAUUUGUAGCAAGUUUGCCAGAAGUAAGUUGCAUGUAUUUUUAACGCAACAAGACCUUACGGGGUCAAGAGCGCGAUUUCUUAAUUCGCCAAUAACGUGCUUUUUUCGCGUGAAUCACUUCGGCGAAAGUUCACUAUUAGCAUACUUUGCUUAAGGAGAACCUAAAAGCCGCGCACAUUCGCAGAUUAGCUAAAAUAUAUUUAAUCAUAAUUCAGUACGAAGGACAAUUUUACAAACAUAAACACAGCCAACUGUCCAUACAAACAAGACGAAUAUUUGUAUUCUUUUCAGAUCUUGCCUUCAAGAAGAAAACGGAACAAUCAAGUACUGAUUACAAUGGUUUCAGUAGCAGAGCUGUCGAUGAAAACUAUUCAAUCUACUAUAGUCAUAAGACGUGCACGCAUACUAAGAAAGAAAUGAACCCAUGGUGGAGGGUUGAUCUGGGCAGAGAAUACAUUGUAACAGGUGUGUGCAGUAACUUGAAAGGAUUGCCUGUGCCAUCUUAAAUUGCAAGCUUUCUCUUAAUUUUUUUUUUUUCAAGUAAACUGUAAAGUUUGCAGAGAGGUACAAGAAAGACGGGAGUAAACAGAGAGUGUCUCUAGCCCACUGUAUUUUAAGUUCCACUGUAUUUAAAAAAUAUAUCCUUUGCCUUUUUGUGACUUUAUCCAGAGAAUAUUAAUAUUAAAUCUAACAUGACCAAAAGCCUGGUUUUCAAAGGUUUCCAUCGGCCUUUUAAUACCAACGACCAACGAUCUUUUACAAACUGAAAGGGAAUAGGUAGCUGCGAGCAGUUAAAGCCGUGUGACGUGCUUUUUGUUUCUGACUAAGGAACGAGAGUGGUUGCUGUUAAACUUAGUCAAGUACAAUCUAGAUGUCUAAUAGUCUGCAAAAAAUCCGCGAAAUGUUCUCCUUCUUGAACAACUAAAAUAAACUGAUUGCGAAUGCCGGAACAGAUAUAAUGUGAACACGCCAAAAACUGGACUAGAUAUCUUGCAAAUUUGAUGGUCUUUUGGCCAAAAGAAAUCACUGAAACAGACAAAAAAAUGACAGAUAAUGCGCAGAGACAUUGACGUCAUUUUUCGUGUUUUUCAGACAUAACAUUGCUUAUCAAAUACCCGUCUUUCGGUUCUUUAUCAUCAGUCGUAUGCAAUAGAUUGUUUGUUUACUUCAGCCAUCUUUCAUUUCCUACCCAGACGUCAUGAUUGUCAAUCGCAAUGAUUAUUACCAACGGCUUAAAAACUUUGACGUGAGAAUAGGGGUGAACAAGGAUAACUUACAGAACCCCACUUGUCAUGACCGCGUAAGGACUGUAGGCCAGGGACAAGCUCUGAGAGUACAGUGCGCUCCACCAAUCCCAGGACGAUAUGUGUCGGUGCAGAUGUUUGGUGAAGGAAUUUUGACCAUGUGUGAGGUGACAGUAUACUCGCGGGUUGGUGAGUGUUAAAGGAUUAAAAUUAAACGAAGGAAAUUAUCUUUUUUUUUCAAAAACCUAUUAAAAAGUUAAACUAUGGCUGGUUUCAAUAAAACUUUCUUUUGACCCUUUUUGUCAAUAAGAGCUUUGGUGUACGCAAAUUGUAAAUUAUCGAUUUACCUGCAAACGUCUGUCUCUGAUCUCUGAGUGGCAGUGAUCUCCAUCAGGAAACCGUAACCUGCUUAGGACAGGCUAGACCCUGUUUGGGACAAAACAGUAAAUAAAUUAGAACAGCGAGUUCAAAAACAAUCUGAACCUGUCCAGAGUCACUUUACGUAAUACACGAAAGAACACUCCGACAGUUAAAGGAUUUACAUAGCUACUUGCAGUCAUAGGAAGAUUAAGUUCACGACCAUAUUAUAAUGAAGACAAAUUCUUGUUUCAAAAUAGAGCUCAAGACCUUCAAUAGAGAAUAUUACUAAACUGGAAUUAAAAUUCGAUCAUUAGGUGCUUUAGCUGAUCUGUGUCAGCUUUCUAAUGGAGGUUGCGAACAGGUUUGUUAUAACCUGUGUAACUUGGAAGUCAAGUGUGGUUGUUGGCCUGGCUACACUCUAGCUUAUGAUGGAAAAACCUGUAUUGGUAAGUGGAGGCUUAGUAGCAGUUUAGACUUACGUCUUUUUCGUGUUGUCAACUUUUUUUUAUUAAUUCUAUUAUGCUUAACCUAUUCCCCCCUUAACCGCCCAUUACCACUCGGGCGGAUCCCCGCCUCUUCUACAGCUUGUGACGUCAUCAGUUUUAACGGUCAAUGAUAUCUUUGACCGCUAACUUAAGCAGGGUGAAGAACUCUUUCCAUCCAUAUCAGAAUGAGGAUGAUUGAGACCGGAGAAAAAGGCCAAAAAAACAAAAAACAAAAAAACACACACACAAAAAAAACAAUACCAUGUAACAUUGACCGGAAAAUUUCCACGAAAAUCUUGCCCAGCUACCUUUCCUCUCAUCUAAUCCUAAUCUAAUCCUUGUUUUUUCUUUACUUCCAUGAGAAAAUGAGUAGUUUCACAUUAUUUUCAUCCAUAGGAAUUGUUUUAAACUGUUUUUAUCUGCUCAUUUUCUAUUUUGUCGAAUUCUGAACUUUUUACUUGAGUCUGUCAUUUUCCGUUUGCCGUAGUGGUGACUCUAAAUCUCUCUAUUGAUCCGACGUUUCGGCCGCGUACCGCACGCGCAGGUUUUCAUUGGGCCAUAGUGCCGAUGUACAGAGUUGGACUAUUAGUAUUACCUUGGUUCUUUCAUGAUCAUGUCUGGUCAAAUUUUUUCAGCCUGUCAGAAACUCGUCCGAUGCUGUGUGAACGAAAACUCCCUCGCAGCCGUUUUUUUGGAUGUCACGCAACGUUGGGAAAGCGUUGCGUGACAUCCAAAAAACGGCUGCGAGUGAGACUGCCGAACACAAUGUCCGAAGGAAUAAAUUGAGCCUUCAGGGUAAAAAAUCCAGCGGUUAUGCCCAUUUCUGAAAUACACACUUAAAUCGGCGUGAAGUUGUAAUGUGUGAAUCCAAGUCGAAUGUUACACUUACGUGACAACACGUACCACAGGGCGCCCGCGCGCUUAAUAGUGGCCAUCGCUUCCAAUACAGUGAAAUCGAAGUUAUUUACCCGUGGGCCUUUGCCUUUCUUUCUCGGUUUUGGAAGAGAUUUGUAUCAUGGCCAAGACUGUUUCUCAGAGGCGAUUUCAAAAUACAAUCCGGAAUCGCUUUUAGCAAGUUUUACUCCGUCUACAGUUUCUGGUCGGUUAAAAAGCAACCCUCCCGGGGAAAUGAGUUUCGGGUUUCAAUUUUAAAAUAAACUUUAUUUUCAUAUCUUUUUUGCAUUAUACCAAUAUUUAGGGUCAAAAGGUACAAACCUUUGUAUCUAAUGAGUAUUUCUCACGAUUACUGAAAUCUACAGACUAGAGCAACCGUUAUGAAAAAUGGUAAAAUGGGAUCCUGGUAAAAUUAUAAGAGAUCCCCGGGGAGAGAUCACGGGGGUCGCGCGUGACAGUUCGGCUCAGCGGGCAUGUGAUGUGAUACGCGCUUGAAUCGAUUGCAUUUUGAAUCGAGCGAAGAAGUGAAGUGUUUGUCUUCGCUCUGAUACAAGUCCCUUGCAGAAUAACGAAAAAAAAACAACGCAGAAGCUCAGGUAAAUCAUUUUUCUUUCAUUAUACUGGAUGAAUGAGUUAUAAAGUCUCCAUGGCCUCUAGCCUCCACAUGUACUCACUUCAAUUCCAUUACAAACAUCAUCAGUGACGCGAAGUGCAAAAAAUUCUCAAUAGCAGAAAUUCAUACCUUAUUGAGGUCCGUUUAGUGUUUUACUGUCGACGCUUUUGCUUUUCACCGACAUAUGCCCACCGUUCAUUGAGUACAUGUCUCGGGAAGUCAAGAGUUGAGACCGUGCGGUGAAAUUACAUGUAAAUGGUUGCAGCAUUGUUCAAAUGCUUUAAAUAUUAACUAGAUAAAACCGAAGAAUGAAACAUGUGCUCAUGGCUUUCCGCAUUGUUCCAAAAAAUUCUCUUCCGUAGAACUAAGAACAUGUUCUUGGCUUAUUUGUUCAUGUUGUAUUGGUAGACAACUGUUAUACAAACUUGUGCAACGCAGACAGUUAACAAAUUCGAACUUCCCGUUAGCUUUUUGGACAUCUUUUGACAUCUUGCUUUGUGUCCUUUGUUCGCAGAUAAGGACGAAUGCCAAUCUAACAAUGGAGGCUGUGAUAUUGCAAAUGGCCUCUGCAUUAACACCCCCGGAAGCUACCACUGCGCAUGUAAGCAAGGAUAUGAACUGAAGGAGAACAGUGAAUUCCUCUGUGAAGGUAAGAGGUACAAAUCCUAUAAAUGUUAAGGCCCCGGCCGUUGGGCAGAGCAGGCGUUAUUUCUUGGCGUUUUUUCGGCGAGCAAAGACAAGAACGCUCGGGGGAGUUGGGGGGUGGGGGGGGGGGUAGUCCCUUAUCGACUUUGGCCGUUUUGGUCUGGAAUCGAGUAUGGUUUUCGAAGGAACUACGGGAGCGUAUGAACGUAUUUAUCGUUUCAAUUCCAAACGAAUAAGAAAUAAAUAGAAAUUUGUGAAUUCGAAAUGCAUUUGAAAAAUUUUAUUGUUUGCGCUCCAAUCUAAGUAAUGAUGAUAAUAAUGGAUUUUAGAGGUCUGGUCUAAAAACGGGUGUGGAAAAUCAGAUUUUUUGGUCUGAAAUAGGGUCAGGAUUUGAAGAACCGGGCGGCACACCCCCAUCAAAAAGUCCCCGAGUACCCCCCCGGGCAAGGACGAAGCGGGUGUGGGACAAUAGAAACACGCGGCGGGGAAACGGGGUCAUUUUUUUCAGUCGCUUGCCUUCGAUCGCCAAAAGAACGGGAAAAGAUAACGCCCAUCAGACCGGUUGGUGGAAACUCCUUGACAUAGGCCCAGUAUGCGAGUUGCCAAUAUUUCUGUCCAUAAAGAAGUAUCUAAAUAAAUAUAACAAAUACCGUGUUGGAUUAUGAUCUCCUUUAGGGUUCAAAUAAAGCCUAAGCCACGCUCAGAUUGGUCUCCUCAGAGGAUUUACCUCUCUUAAGUCAAAGCCUCUUGUCUAGUAAACGCCCCUUCCCUGUCUAAUAAACCCCCUCCCACAUAAUUAAAUAACAAGAAAUAGAGUAAAAUCAUUCAAUUUAUUCCGUUUCUUCCUUGAUUAACUAGCAUUUGCGCAUUGUCAAGUUAAAAGUAAGGAUUCUGACAUCGAAGUUAAGAGUAAAUAGAACCAUAGGGAUCUGAAAACGGUGUAUACGUGUCAAUCAAUGGACUGGAUGGUCUGCUAUCAUAGGUAUAAACUGUGGUGAUAUAUUCGCCGAAAGCAUUUUAGCUUUUUAUUAGUUCGUUGCAGUUAUGGGAAUAAACGCCUGCUAUCUAUUAAACGCCCCCGCUUGGAAUGGACGUCCCGGGCGUCGACUAUUAGAUCAUUUAAGGGUAAUUACAAUUUUCCGAGGAGCAUCCGCUCCCAUCCCGUCCCGUCUCGUCUUGUGUGACACGAAAUCGUGACGUUAUUGGCAAAAUUCAAACUUUGAGAACUGCCUUCACACUGAGUGAAACAUAACUAAUAACUGCUCAAAACGUAAAAAAGGUAUAAAUAACACAGCAAAUACAAAAGGAGUCACGUAUGGAUUAAAACAAGAAAAAAAAAACGGAUUGCAAUUGACGUUUUUGAAAAUUUGUUAUAAUCCUACACUAACGCACUAAUGCACCCUUGCGUUGCUGUCCCCUAUUUUGUUUUGAUUAUUAUUACCUACUACCUUAUUUACCAAAUUUACUUGUUUAUUUUUCUCUUUUUCUUAGAUUUCAACGAAUGCAGCUUGAAUAACGCUGGAUGUGAACACGUGUGUAACAACACUGGUGGAAGUUUCAACUGUGAUUGCAGGGCCGGCUUCAAACUGAAACCGGACAAGAGAGGAUGUGCAGGUCACAAAAUAUAUUCUCUUCAUUAAUUAACAGCUGCAUGUCGCUAUUUAUUACAGACGAGAUAAACCCUAGCUAUAACAGACGGGAUAAACCUUAUUUGUCUUGACAUUUACACGUUGAUCCAACUAUGAAAAAUUCUUCUUGUAAACUUAGUCCUCAAGCAAACGCCUUUUCUUCUCCUUGUUCGUUUAGCGUGAAACAGGCGCAUUGAGAACCUACAGGCUUGUCAACUUAAUCUUUUUUUUUUCUUUCUCUUGGUUUGUUUUUAAAAAGCUUUCCCUGUAUACGUAUUGUUGUAUUAUUAGCCUGCCUUCUUAGGGCGAAAGGAGAUAUUUCCAAGACGCAGGCGCGCGAAGGGAGAAAAGUAGAGGAGGCUUUCUUCCCGUUCGCGUGUUCCCCUCACACUCCAAGAGCGCUCUUUAAGAAAAACGGUGCCUGCUUCCAAACAAAAUUCAUUGACGCUUAGCAACUGAAUAAUGAAUAAUUUGAAUAAUUUGACUUAAUUAACGCCCUUUCGUUUUUAUUUUCCUUUUUAGACAUCGACGAAUGUAAAGAAGAUACAGACGGCUGUGAACACACGUGUACCAACUAUGAAGGCGGAUAUUACUGCUCCUGUAAUGCCGGAUAUCGACUCAUGGAUGAUGACAAAGGGUGUGAAGGUAAGAAGUGCAACAUUUAAGGGAAAAGUCUAAACAACGAAUCUCAAGUUAGGGCUCAAAAUAAUAUUUUGACUGUUGCCAGCCAUGCUAACCGGUCAUAGAAAUUUCAGCUCGGUCCGCAAACCUCUCUCUUUUGAGCGGUCAUGUCCCAAAAAUAGAAAAAUAAUGAAAUAAUUAUUUAAACCAGGCGCUUUAAUACAAUAGCUUGAUAAGCAAAAAUAUAUAAUUUCUCCCGUAAAAAAGGUAUACUUGAAACUUAGAACUUAGAAUAAAUACAUUCCAAUCCAUUUACAGUAUAGGUGCCAGGUCAAAAUGACCAGUAAACCGAAGUUCUGUAUGUCAUUUUGGCCAGACAUUGUUCAUUGACUGGCCUUUAUUUUAAGCCCUGACUUGAGGAAAACUAGAAAUAUACUGCUCAUCCAAGCCUCCCCUAACCCAACGUUAACGCGAUCUGUUCACUUUGGACCAAGUGCUGGUUUAGGGGAGGGGUAGGCGAACAGCGUUCACUUAGAAACCCAGGUGCAUUGAUGAAAUCAGAGAUCGAGCCAUAUCCUGCGGACGUCGUUUUUUUCGCGCGUUUUUUAUCAAAUCGUCGCACAUGAAUGAUUGCGAGUAAGGGUAAGUGCUACUAGCAAGUUCGAGCAAUCACAACAACGGCGGCAACGAGAAAUUAAGAGAGGAACGGGUUGAAUAAGCAAAAAAAUAAAAAAAUAAAUAAAAAAAUAAAAACUCUGGUGCAACGUGCAGCACACUUUUGGACGUGCAUAUUUCUUUUUCAUUAUCGCACGCCAAACUUUGUCAACUGGACUUAAUCAAAAUCGCCAUGCGAUCGUCGUUUUGAUCUCUAAGAUGGUCGUUUCAUCAAUAGCGAUCGCCGCGACUUCGAUUUCGUCGAAAAUACCCAUUUUAAGAAGUCUUAUAAAUUAUACUGGAAGUUGAAGAAUUAAACUGGAUUUGAGAAACACUAACCGUUCCGCGAACAAUUGCCUAGGGCUCUCAUCACUGAAGUGAAAGUGUUUGCUGUUUAUGACAACCAAAACCAGAAACUGCCCCAAGCAUUUUUAUGCUGAGAUUAAGGGACGUUAUUGAUAGAAAAUACUCCUGUCUUGCAGAAAUAUAUUGCCCAGCCCUGGAAGCGCCAUUCCGCGGUCUCAUUGCGCCGACAACCUGUACAGACAAGAGAUCCAAUAUCCGGCGUAGCACUGUGUGCUCGUAUGGCUGUGAUUCAGGACAUAAUCUCGUGGGGGGAAGCCAGUCUUUGGUUUGUCAGUUAAAUGGACUGUGGCAAGGAACUGUCCCUUACUGCAAACGUAGGUUUUUCAUUGCAUAUGAGAUAAACAAUUAAGCUUUAGAAUAAUAGACCUUUUUAAUUUUGUAUGUUUCCCAAACCGGACCACGUGAUGUUCUCAAGGGUUUAUUUUGGGAAAAGUGGACGAAGAAGACGUUUGAAAGAAAAAGUUUUUUGGCGUAACAUCGCUUGGUUUGAAAUGGGAAAACAAAAUAUAUGUAAGCUAAAAGGUGUAUAGUAGUAAAAUGUGAGCGAUUAUCGAGCUGUUGAAAAAAUUUAACCCAUAUCAUUUCUUAGCCUAUUUUCUGGCAUCUACUUCAUAAAUCGGCAGUUUAAGAUUGUCAUUUCAUGCAACCAUUCUCCGGCUUUGUUCAAGAGAAUUUUCGUCUACGCUGUUACGGGUAUUUCGGGUGAAGGUAGUUAACGUCAAUGUAUAAAAACACAGAUAUUCCUCUCAAAUUUCUUUGAAAUCCUUUAUGCAGCUAGCUUGGCCCAGUCAGGUCGCUGGAAUUUUUUUCAUAGUUUCUAUUUUUCAACCAAUAAGCAACUCUUACAGUUCUUUUAUAGCUUGAGGAGUUCUGAUCAAGAAUAGUUACAUUGGGUAUCAAGCAAUUAGCUCCGAAGUGAUGAAGGUUGCUAGACUUGUUAUAGCAAGGCGGAGGCUGUAACCUUGUUUAAGUGUAAAGAGUACGUUUCCAAACUUGACAUGGAACUCUUUGUAUCUGACUUUAAUUUUUUUCGUUCUUUUUUUCUAAUGAACAGAGAGAGAUUAUUAACCCAGUUAGUUUAAUAUCAUGUAUUUUGGAAGGCGUCAAAGAUAACGAUAGCCAUUAAUUUAUUCAUUUUAAAGUUACUAUUAAAAUAGGUUGUUUAUCAAUUUACUAUUUUAUUUGUUUCUUGCUUUACUUACCUGACGAUUGUUAUUACCUCUCAGCGAUUGUUUGCACAAAAUUGACUGUGCCUGAUAAAGGCGGAGUGGUUCCAGCGUCUUGCGCUAAAACAGACGUCGAGUACGGCACACGGUGCGUCUUCUACUGCGGCGAUGGAUAUGAAUUGAGUGGCCCCAGAUACACCACGUGCCAAAAUGAUACAAGCUGGAGUGAGAUUGCAACUCUUUCUUGUGUGAGAGGUUGGUUCGAAUAGAUUUUUAGAUGAGUUUUUACUACAUAUUCGUGCGUACUAGGUUAAGUAAGUAUGUGGCAACCAGUCUGUGAAUUUUUACUUUUCGGUCCAGUGACUUAUGAAAUUUGUAUCACCCGCACAAACUUGCAGAUUAUUGUGAAGUUUAAUGACUGCGCGAUCGUUGUCAGGGCUUCUGAUAUUUCGCGGAAAAAAAAGCAAAAUUUCGCGGGAUUUUCAGGGGUAAAUUCGCGGAAAAAUCGGCCGAUUUCGCGGGAUUUUCGCGGGAAAAAAGUCAAAAUUCGCUGAACAAUCGGCCGAUUUCGGGCGAUUUUCGCGACAGAAAAGUCAAAAUUCGCAGAAAAAUCGGCCCAUUUCGCGGGAUUUUAGCGGAAAAAAGUCAAUUUUCGAACGAUUUUCAGGGGCAAAUUCUUAGGAAAAUCGGCCGAUUUCACGGGAAAUUUCGGGGGGAAACUUCGCCAAGGAACAAUCAGUAAAAAACAGCCGAUUUCGCUGGGUUUUUUAUGGCAAAUUUCGCUAAAAUCGAUCAAUUUGGCGUCGAUAUGACCAGCGUUGGUGAACGUUUUUUUUAACAGGGAUAAUCAUUUGCUCUUUCAUCAACAAUUCGCUCGAGAAAUGCGCGAAUGUUAAAGCCAUAAACAUUAUAGUUAGUGCCCAGUUUUUCGCAACGUUCAUCUAAAAACGCCUGGUAGUUUUGGGACGUUGUUUACUCGUUGCAGUGACGAAGCUUCAAGCUAAAUUUGGACGUUUGGGGUGAAUAAAACCGGUCUAAUAGCCAAGAUAAGUAUUAAAUAUGUUUUGCCGACGUGUAUUUGGAAAUAUUUCUGGCGGAUUUCGCGGUAUUUCGCGUUUUUUGGGGAAUUUCGCGGGAUUUCGCGGAAAUACCUGAAUUUAUCAGAAGCCCUGCGUUGUGCAUUUUUAGGGGGAUGGUUUUAGCAUAGCGCACGAGUGUUUUUCAGAAAUAGAAAAAAAAUGGAUCCAGCCAAUCAACCGGCAGACCUUGGUGUGAUUUCCCAAGUGGUAAUGCCCAUGACCAAGGCUUGAUACUUUGUUAAGGUGGCUCGACCCAGUAUUUUUGUAGCGGUACCUUCCAUCUUUGAAUCUCAUAUACUUAAAUUGAUCUUUCCUGUAAAACCCAUUAUAACACAUGUAUUACACAUAAACUAAACUUUAUUGUAAUAUUAUUUUUUGGGCGACCGGAAUUAAUAUCAUCCAUGACGUCAUAAUAGUUUUAGCUCUAAAAUUAAUCGAAUUUCUACCCUUAUAAGCUUAACGCUACCUAUACUUUGGCUGCUUGUCUUCUGUUGUGCGAAGUUUCACAAAAAUCUGUAAGAGGAAUUUCGAGAUAUCUUGGAAUUUCUACAAGAAUUAUUUUUUGGGAUUCAAUUGAUGCAAAAGAGUUUUGGCUUUUUGAAUAGAUAGCGAAUAGAGUGACUAAGGACCCUUAAUACAUCAUGUAAUGCUCAGUUUAUUGAAAAUAUUUAAGACGAUUUUCGUCUUAUCCCCUUAACAGUAUACACGGACCCAUGGAUCUCAUGUCCAAUCGACAGAGUUGAAGAACUUGAACCAGACCAGUCAACAGUCGUGCUAGGCUUCAAGUGGCAGCUUCCAAGAACCAACAUGAAGAACGUGACCGUGUCUCCUAGCAACUACGAUGAGAAUUAUGCUUUCCCUGUUGGCAAACACCGUGUCACGUGGAUAGGAACUAGUGACCGUGGAGCACAGAAGAGCUGCAGCUUCUAUAUCACUGUCAAUGGUAACAAAAGUGUCCGUCCUAGUCAUGAUUCAAAGCUAUAUGCGGUUGUAGUGUCAAAGCAUUUGAUUGUCCUUUGAAACAUCCCGGACUUCUCAGAAAAUCACCUCUGUGUGUAGUUUCCUGGCCAAAAAUCUAUCAAACUUUACUUUGAACUGCUAUAAUUCCAUUUUGUUCAUUCCCUUGCCUUAAGGAUCCGUUUUUAACAUAUUUUAGAUGAAAUAAAGCGUGCCAUCCUCUAAACUUGUCUCCUUCGCAACCGUUCCUUGUGUCGUCACGCAACGCUUUCCCCGCGUUGCUUGACGACAUAAUAAACGGCUGCAUAGGAGACUAACUCUUAACUAAUCCCUCCACUCCUUGAAUCAGUCAUAAGAAUAUAUAAUUUUUUAGUUUUUUUAAACAAAAGCCAAUGAUGUGACAGCCAGUAAUGCGUGUGCUACCUUUUUUCUCUGUAUAUAGGAUUGUAUGAAGUGAAACUUGUGAUUUUCCUUAAACUUUCACGGAAAUAGAAAAGGACGAGGUAGGAGAGAGACCUCUACCGGCCCUCGACACGUCCCUUCAUGCAGCCGCCGAGCUCAUUCGAUCUCAUUCCUGGUCAAAACCGGUUUCGUUUAUUGUGAAAUACGCAUACCCUGUCUAAACCGCACGCUGAAAAAUUUCUGAUUGCAAAGUUGCUGUCGCGGUUCUGUAAAUUGUGCAGGGCGUGACUAAAACGUUACUGUUUGUUAAGGAAACGUCCGUGAUAGAAAACGCAUCGGGGUGCGGCAGAGGUCUUUCCCUUUCCUACCAUUUUUCUCUCGUCAUGUAAGACCUCUGCUAGCACUGGAAAUUGAUACUUUCGGUAAUAAAAUAAUUAACAAGACUGACGAAUUGUAUGCUUGUUUCAUUUCAGAUGUGACACCGCCUUCCACUCAGAACUGUCCUGCGUCAUUCUCAGAUCAGUCGAACUCUCUUCAGAAACAAGUCACGUGGACGCCGCCCACCUUCACUGACAAUGUAGGUGUGGCCAGUGUACUUUCCAAUCGCCAGCCAGGAUUCUUGAUGGAUACUUACACGUCAAUAGCAAUCCAAUAUACUGCCACUGACGCAGCAGGAAAUAUUGCCUACUGCAGGUUUAACAUCACUCUCGAAGGUACGUGUUCUCGUGCAGGAUGGUCUCCGUUUAGUAUUCAGUCGGAACCUUUCGUUAAUCGUUAUUCUGCUGUUCGCUGUUUAAUGGUACGUUCGGUUACAAGUAAAUUUUUACCAGUGUACAGCACAUCGCACGUAGUAUACAGAUCGCACAUAACUUCGUCUUCGAAAUCUUAAGUCGCAUUCGCAUUAGAAGCGUUUUUGACCGUCUUGUCAAAUUUCGUCCUCGUAGAUGUUAUUCUAAGAAAACAGCUAACAUUUCACGACACCAAAAAUUGUUAUCCUACGAAAUGAUGUCUGAGAAACGAGCGCAGAAAUUCCAUACUGAUGACGUGUUAUUACCAAGAUCUGUGCAGUGCUCCGGCUGCAAACUUGCUUCAACCAAUCAGAAGCACUACCCAGAUCUGCUCUCGUUUCUCAGAGGUCAUUUCGCGGGGAAACCAGAGGCGGAGUCGCGAAAGGUCGGCUGUUUUCUUACACACUUUAUUUACACACUUUAUUAUUAUUAACAAUCUACAUUUACAUAAAGUCCAUUUCCGCCCGCAAAUAGCAGGUGCUAGUCGAGGCGGGCGGAAAUAGUAGGUACAGCAGUCAGUAAUAAAUUAGAAGUAAAUAAAUGAAUAAAUAAAUAAUUAAAUAAAUAACUAUAUAAAUAUAAAUAAGUGAAAUAAAGCUUAAACAUAAAUUAAUAACAUUUACAAAAUCAACUACUUGAAACUCGUAAAAUUAACUGCGACACUAAAUUAAGAUAUGUAAACUUUAUAAAUUAAACUCUAUAUUUGCGCGAUAGUUAGCUAUUUUUUGAAGCAGAAUGGGCGAUUCAACAUAAUCGUCCUCGGCCUCUAAUAACGAAAAUAAUAUGUCAUUAAUAUGUUUUAUGAUAUGUUUUAUGAACGGCUUGGAAACUAAAAUUUCGAGGACGUUUUUGGACUUUUUACAUUUAGGGCAUGAAUUUUUCGUCAUUUCAGGCCAUGGAACCUAAAAAUGAGCCUAGCUAGCUGUAAAAAGGGGCAAUACGGAGGCAAUACGUCCUAGCCGGCAUGAUCACAUGCUGUUUACGGAAAAUUCCCUCAUCCAUGUCAGGAAAUUCUGUAUUUUAAAGCCUCCCCUAGGGCAUGACUCAGCAAUUGAGGACAUUUCUGCUACGUUUUCAAUGUUGGUUAGCAUGCAAGGAUUUUUCCCAUGCCUAUCGUCAAUGAUUUGCUCACUGGUAAUAGAGGGGGUGGCCCCAGAGUGGUUUUGCAUUGAAAUUGGCAUGCAACAGAAUUUCGCAUGCCCUGUAAGCAUAAUUUGAGGUUCUGUGACCUUCUCACCCAGGCCGCGAGAAGCCUAGGUUCUAGUAAUAAGUAAUUCAUACCCAGCAAAAUCCCCGGCAUGCCGGGCAUGCCAAAUUUUCUGACAUGCCCGGCAUGCUAAAUUCUCUGGAAUGCCGGGCGUGCCAUAAUCUGGGUCAUGCCGGGCAUGCCAAAAUCGGUCUCUGGCAUGUUUCAACGCACAGGUUAUAAUUCCUUGAAUCUACAGAUAUUUUAAGCCUGGCUAAAAAAAAAAAAUAAACAGAUCACAGUGCUUAUCUUUUGAUGUACGGUUACACGAUGACGUCAUUGCUAUUCCUUUCAUUUUCAUAGAUUUGGUUGUCCCAGCGAAGUUUAAAUAACAAAAGCUCUAAUUUUCACAAGAAAGUAAAACCCUGAGGGAUUCUGCCGAAGUAAUAAAACAGCGUCAUCGUGGAGAUGACCUGUUGGGGGAUUGUAAAAACUCCUCACCCCUUUUAAUGAGUCUUUAAUAGGAUUCCCAUUUCACAUUGCGAAUAAAAUGGAAUUGACUGAAAUCAGUAAAAAGAGAGACAGAGACUAUUUUCAUUGUAUAAUAAAAUGCAUCUAUGUUCCAUGAAAGCUUUUAAAAAUACAAGGUUAUAGAAUAUCUUUCAAAGUUCAUUACAAACUGAGCUAAGCCCCAAAAUCACUGUUCAUUAUUCAGUAAAUUAUGAUGUUUGACAAUGCAAUGUGCUUGAAUAUAACGUUGCAAUUACAAAUCUCUCGAACGCAAUUUUCCCUACGUUAGAAAAGCUCUUUUUAUCUUGUUUCACAUUUUGAUAAGGAGUCUGAGUUCCUCUUUCUUGUUUUGUAGGCUUGCCAGGGAUUAAUGUUUUUUUGUCAUUACCAGUGUCUGUGUUCUUCGUUUUUAACUCAAAGUAAGUCAGUAAUAACUGACGGUAUCAAAGGAUUGCUCUCUAGAAAAGUAAUUAUCUCCUCGUCAUGUCUGGAAGUUACCUGUAACAAAAAAGAAAUGGAAUCUUAACACAUGCAAGGGCAAUAUGAAAAAAAGAAAUAGAACAUGUAGAGCUCAGCUUCUCUUAACAUAUUUUCAUACUGGCUUGUUGAGUCUGUUAAAGGUCGCAACUAAUUGUCUGAGGCUAAUUUCACAAGAGUGUGCAAUUGAGAUAAAUACAUGGUAAAUAAAGUGAAAGAAACGUGGUUUCACAUUAGCCAAUUUACAUUGCGCUGUUCGAUGAUGUUUACACGCUUUUCUACUGCGAAAUAAACCUUUGCAUUUGGAUUUGCAAGUCAAGAUUAUACCGAGUUUGACUGACACUUAAUUGAACAACAGUUUCAUUUUUAAGCAGGCAAUUGGGGUGUAGACCCAUAUAAAGCCGGAAUAUGUAAAGGAAACUCAGCGAAAACUUUUUCGCAUCUUUUUGUGGCGAUAUUCUUUCACGGCCCGUCAACUGAUUAGGGGUUGCGAAGAAAAAAUAAAUUAGGACCAAAGGUUAAAGCCUGUCCGGUUACAUCAUUUCGUAUGUUACCUAGAGUUCUAAUAAAUAGGUCAUAAAAUAGGAUUUAACGAGAGCGAAUUUGUUUCUCAAUCGGUGUAUAAAAAAGUGAGGCUAUCAAAUGAGAAGUUUAUAGAGUAUCAAAAUUAUUAAAUUAAAAGCUCAUUUAAUUAGGAAAAUUCCUAUACGAAAACAAUGCUAGUGACAUUAAAUUGAUCAGAUAAAAUUCUCAGAAAAUAUGUCCAAUAAAAGCCUCAUUAUUUGCUUUUGUUUUUGCGUAAAGGUAAAUUUUUCGGCCCACAAAGCAAAGUUGAAAAAGCGACUAAAUCUUAGUUUUUUACAUUGAACAUGUUUAUUAGCUUAGUUUUCGUCCGUUUUAAAAGCUUUAUAACCCAAUCAUAAUUUUCGGGUUAAAAUAUUACAAAAUCAUUUCAAAAACCAUGUUCAUUUAAAGUAGAGCCGGCAAACCUGAACAUUUUGUAAUUCAAAAGUCGGACCCAGCCAGGUUGUUUAAGCUUAGAAUUAUUUGCAUUUUAGCGUCCUAUAAAUUUACCAGAAUCGCCUCUCAGAGGCUUACUGUAGCAAAGCAUUUUGUAGUACACUCGUAGACAAGCAAUGUAAGCCUUAAGUCUUUGCUUGGAUGAGAUGUCCAAAAGAAAAAUUAGUUUUGUGGACCUAAACGCACAUUCACAGACUGCUUAUAUUGAGUUGUUUACAACUUUGCAUUGACACGCGCAGCAUGUUCAUUUUUUUAAAGCGAAAUCCAAAUCUGAUUUUGGCAUUUGAUUUACGGAUAUUUUAUUUUGUCUCCAAAAGUGAUUGUAAUAUCCGUUUGAUUGUCUUUCAAACAACAGUCAAACUAUGCAGCAAAAAUAAGUAACUUUACCAGUACAGUGGAAAAAUAUGACCGUAGGUGCCAAAAAUAAUUAUACUCGAGCUAUAAAAUUAGAACUGACUUUUUUUAGCUUUGGUUUCUUAUUUUUGAAGUUUUCUCUAGUCUUCUUAGCAGCAGAAGAAGAUUACAAGACAUACAAACAGAAACAAUCCGAAGUGAACAAGUUGACAACCACUUAUGCCGGAGUUCUUAGGCAUGCUCAACAGCAAGAUAAACUGAAUGCCAAAAGGAUAAUUCACGGGAUUUGUUCGAUAUUCAGGCUUUUUCUUUACCAAAUUAAUACUAAAUUUGUACUUACAGUCUCUCGCAGAAUCCAUUUCUUGUCCAGCAUUCACCAACAUCUCAACCAUGCACCGCAGAAAAAAAAGACAAACAAGUGCGAAGAGACAUGACGACAUCGUGACGCCACAACUGCCACGCUACAACAAACUAGAUUCCUCGUCAUCCGCGAAAACACUUCUGCGGAAAUUCGGCCGAUUUCGUGCGUGCUCGGGGUAUCUUCGGAUGACGCAGAUGACGUUGCUCAAAGGACUAUCGUCAGCAAGGAGUAAAACAGUUUGCGAGAUUCGCAUAGCCGACAAGGAGCGCACUGAAAAACUAAGCAAAAUCUCUCUGAGAAGGCAGUCCAAAUUCACCAAAUCAGAACGUCUUUGCAGUAUUAACGUCGUACUCUCGUACUGACUUGAACGACCUGGUAAGCUUCAUUUUCACCAGUCUUUUAAUGCUGUUGACCGGGAAACAUUCCGACACGAUAAAACUUAAGCAUGGAUAAGUUUAUACUGAGAAGAUUUGUUAUCUUAUUGUUUAAGACGCUUUUCCGCGAUCAAAUUUAAAUGUGGACCCAGAAAUGUCAGUAUCGGUUUGAAAUAAAAGGAUUAAUCUUUGAUUGCAAGUUAAGUAUUCUAUUUUAUGUAUGAAUAAUGUUGUUUUGUUGUGCUUUUUAUUUAUAAAUCCAGGCUUCUGUCUUCAGUUUUGCCAGUCGAUCCCGUGACACACAUUGUGACAAACAUGACUUUUUUUGUUAUAAUCUGCAUUUAUUGCCAGGCAUGAAACCUGUAACUUCAAGCUCCCUAAGAUAUAUUUGGCGAUUAUAUGUGAUUCUCAGGAUAUGAUGCUGAAGCGAACAUCAAAAUCAGUCUCGCUGGGCAUGCCAAUUUCUUGCCUGGCAUGCCGGGCAUGCCAAACCAACUGGCUUCACCAUCGGCAUGCCCGGCAUGCCAAACCAGAGGAGCAAAAACUGGGAAUGAAUUAUUAACCCGGCGAGAGAUCUGGGACCUAAGUUUAGCUGGGUCAAUUUUGGGCUGCGAGGGCAUGAACCCAUUUUUUCCAUGCCUAUGAGAUGUUAUUUCUAAGUACCAAUGUUCCCUUGAAUUUUGUCAUGCCUAAAUAUAUAAAAUUUUCCCUCUCUCAUUAAUCCUCAGGCUGGAUGCGAUUUUUACGCUCGGUAGGCAUGUUCAACUGAAAAUCAUGCCCAUACCCUUAUUCAAAACAAAAUGCUAUCAAAUUUUAGUUUCCAAGCCGUUCAUGUCACUGAUAUGUAUGUUUCUCAGCCUGCGUAGUUGUCCUCGUCCAAAGUCGAAUCUAUAAGUCUCUAUUGUUGUUAUAGGUUCAACUUGUAUAAAGAUCGCUCAUCCCAAGAAUGGCAAUGCCAUGCAGCUUGGCUUAUAUCUUCAGCUGACGUGCAAGAGUGGCUUCUUUUUUAACCCCUCACCGCCUGGAUUACCGGGAAUAUUUCAAAACCCUUUCUACAGAUGCAUCAACAACCAGUGGGUCUCUCAGAAUGAUUUCAAGUCCGUUUUAAGAAAGGCACCGGAUUGCAUGGGUAAGCGGAGUAGAUCAGUAUACCUUACAAAGGUUUAGUAAGAACAGGUAUUUGGAAGUUGACGAUUUUAAAUACCGUUGAAAAUUCGA